AUGGCGGAAUCAGAGGAGGCCGAAGACUCAGUAGAUUAUUACGCUGUUUUGAACGUCAGAAAAGAGGUAAAAAUAGUCUUUCAGAGAGAAAGAAAAAGAGAAAUAUUUGAUCAAUCAUUUUAAGUUCAUUUUAUUGCAUUUCAGGCAAACGAAAAUGAACUUAAAGCUGCUUACAGACGCAUGUGCAUGUUGUAUCACCCUGACAAACAUCAAGAUCCCGCUAAAAAGAAAGUAAGUUUAAAUGCUUAGGCCUUGUUCGCAGCAAGCAAAAUUUUGUUUGUUUUGCAAAACAAUCUGUCAACAGGAAGCCACUUCUAGAACGAACGAUUUUUUUCACUCACCAAAAUUUUCUCAACUGUCACCAAAGUUCAAAGAUGCCGUCGAGAAGAUUUGGAGGCCUACAAUUUUUUGUCAGGUGCAAACUCCUUUGUUCCUAUCCUUCACCGUGUUAUACAACAAGAUUCUCUUACCCAAACUUUAAAAACACACUGCCGUGUUCUUAAAACCUUGUUAAUAUUAACAUCUCAUCCUUGGAAUUUUGUCGAAAAACGUGUUUUGGAGCUUCUGUAGUCGAGCCAUUUGCUAGGCAUUUAGUAGGUUUCAUAUUUUGGGAAAGCUUUUAGGAUCUUUGGAUUAGAUGAAAGGAACGGUAGGUAGCUACUAGAACAUGAUUUUCAUGGAAUUUUUGGGUCAACUUUACAUUCAUGAUUAUUUACCUUUUUCUCUGGCCUCCUUGACUGAAUCAUGCUCAGUGUUUUGUGGUUUGAAAGAUCUCUUCACCCUGCACAAGUUAGCUUACAAAGUUGUCCUUGACCAUUAAAACUGAUGAUGUCACAAGGAGCAGAAGUUAAAUGGAUCUGCAUGGGUUCCACCAUAGUUCCAUGACUUCUUGGUGGACGCAUGAAGGAUUGUUUCACUGUAGACAUUGUAAUUUAGCAGUAAGAUUAAAUUUAUAUUUAAAAAUCUUGCCAGUACCCCUGCUUAUCCUCAUAAUGGCCAAUAAUUGCCAUUUCAUAAAAUUGAUAGCAUAACAGUUUCUUCGCACUUGUUUUUAUAGGUUGCUGUAGAGUUAUUCAGUAAAAUUCAAAAGGCUUAUGAAGGUAUGGUAUACAUGUACUACAGUCACUGUAUGUAUUUCCGCCGCCCAUCAAAUAAGGACUUUGCCGAUGCAAUCAAAUGUUUGUGUUAGCUAUAAUUGCAACUUUAAAGAAACAAUUCUUUCCAACUUAUAAAUAAAUGUAACCCUCAGAUAAGCACCACAUUGAAUAAACACCACAUUUACAGAGUAAAAAAUUUAAUUGGUGCCAUGGUAAUAAUUAUAAUUCAAGUAAAUAUGGCAAAUCAAUGCUCCAAGCUCAAUUUUUUGCAAAGUCACCUUUUGGUGACCAAAAAUUAUAAAAUGGUUGCCAGACAUACAUGUAAAAUAUUGGUUGCCAUUAAAAAAUAUUAAUAAAUAAUAAAAACAUGCUUGGUGUAAUGUUAAAGGAAAGGUUUUACCGUUGACCAUAUUGAUUGCUGGUACUUCACUUUCGCAUGUUUUAUCUCCUAAUACUCGAGUGUGUCCUGGAUUACAGCCUGGGCCCAGUUGUUCAAAGGGUGAUUAGUGCUAACUCACAAGGCUGCUGCCUAAGAAAAUGUUUUGUGAGGAGCCUGAACCACAUUUCUAGGAGUCCGUUCCAUAAAAAUAAGUAACUUUAUUAAACGUGCGACAACUGGUGCACUAAUCAGUUGAUCAAUAAGCUUCAAAUUUAUCAUUUAUCCAACUAUGUGCACAAAUAGCAUAGUAAAGGGUCAGCUGAAAAUUCAAGGGCCAAUCUCCUUUUUUCUGUUCUAGAGGUUUUUUUACUUAUUGUAUUUUGAGAACAGUGGAGCCAGGGUAUCUAAAGCUAGUUUUAAUUAUUUCACCAGAAUGACCCUGUUGAUAGUGUCUAUAUCUUAAGUUGACAGUCUUGACCAGAUCCUCAAAACUUGAUUCACGCUUCUCGAAACCUAAGUCUCCCUUGCAGCCAUUUUUCUCUCGUCACACAAUUGUGCUAUAAAGGAGUAUUGCGUGACUGGACAAAAAUGGAAGAAUACUCGAGACUCGAAAGAACUGGGGUUUGAAACGCGAAAAUUGAGGCUCGAGUUUUAAGAAACCAGCAUUUUUAUAUUCACCACUCGAAAGGAUUUCGAGAAACAGUUUAUUUCUUGAGAAAAAUAACAAUAACCAUUUGCACUUACAGUGAAAGAACCAACCAAUUGUACUUGCGUGUACACAAUUUAAGCGAAGUUAAGUUUUAGUUUUUAGCUGAUAAAAAAAAGACCAAUGAAAGGUUUCUUAUCUUAAACUGUGGAAAAUUGACUCAGUAUUUUUGUAUCAAGUCUAUUUUUUGAACUAUCAAAACUGUUUCUUAUAUUUGUGAAGGUAGGUAUUUAUGUGCGUCACUCACAACAGUGUAAAAAUUAAAAUGAUCUUAAUAGCUGUCGUGAAUAAGUUUUAAGACUGAAAUAUUUUUGCAAGCCUUUCAAAAGUUACCACAAAAGGUACAGCAAAAAAUACAGAGGCGUAGAUAAUGCUGAAUAAAUGAUAUUGUUUCAAAAGUGCAGAAUGCACAGGGAAUUUUUCCGUUUGUUCACCAGAAGUUUGACUGAGAAUCAUGAGUUGUAGGUGCCCGUUCGGGUUCCUUGUUUGAAAAUUUGGUUACCUGUGACAAAUUGUAGGCACCUCUGACGACCAGGCGCCCUUUAGGCAGCAGCCUUGAACCCAGGGGUAAAUUUUAACUCGUGUCUCUUUUCUUUUUCAUCAAAAGCAUUUUCUCAGAGAAUUUUCUCUAAUUUUUUUAGAGUAGCCAAUCGUCAAAUUGUAGACAAAAAGAAUUAAAUUGAAUUUGUUUUUUAAGCUUCCAUACCUGAAUUAAAAUUUUGCACUAACCCUGGGUCAUCUUAACCCAGCUUUGAACAAUGUGGCCCUGGUUUUAACAACAACAACAACAACACUUUAUUUCACCCCAUAAUAUACAAGAAACAAAAAUUUAUAACAAUAGUACAGACGAUGAUACCCGAAAUAACCUAAGAGUUAAAAAUGCCAGGCAGCCAGUUAAAAGAAAAGAUGUUUAAAUGUUUAGGUCAGGGACACAAGAAUGCUACAGAACACUAGACUCAAAUUCACUACAAUUUCCUCAAGAGCGAAGAAAUAAGCAGCCAUCUUGUCCACUGACCGCUGCAUUGAGGGGAAAGAAAACAAUUUAACUUGAGAAAGAUCUUUAACACUAACUGAUAAAAGAACUUAGUACACCUUGGCACACGACUGCCAAACACAGGUUGCAAAAUUGGCAACUUUCACUGCAAGUUUUGUUGCCAAAUUUUCUUACACUGUACCCUCCAUAGUGACCAAAGUGGUCACAGCUUGGAGUGCUGUUAUGAUUGUCUGAAAAGACAAGAAAUACAUGUACAAGAUCUGUACACAUCUGAUUUUAACCCUAUCGUUUUUUGUGGGUUUUUAGUCCUAAGUAAUCCUGAAACAAGAAGUAUUUAUGAUGUGUAUGGACAGAAGGGACUGGAUGCAGGUUGGGAGGUAAGAUUGAUUGAAUGGUUCAGAGACAGACAUUGUGCCUCUUGAAAAAAGAAAGACUAAAAUAAGCCAAUUUUACUCUCUUUUCAGAUUAUUGAAAGACAAAGAACACCUGCUGAAGUAAGUAAGAUUACAUUAAUAAUAGACUGACCUGUCCCAAAUUCUGCUACUAUAAACACACAAUGAAAUGAGCAGAUGCAGAUUUUAGUCAGUUGUUGUCGUUUCUAAAGAUUCCUAGUCUAAACAAGUGACACAAUUCUAUGGUUAAGCCAUUGAUGACUCAGCUUCCCAUCCAAGAGGGUUUAGUACAUCAUGUGCUGUGAAAGGUGUCACUUUAAAAGUUUUUCCAUAAAGGCGCUCUAUGAUUAUAUUUAUAUAUUUUAAGGCUUUAAACCAUUCAAUUUUAUACCAACACAUACGUAUACAUAUGUAUGUGUGUAAAUAAUGGUGAUUGAACUGAGUGGAGUGCAAUUUGUUCUGAAAUCAUACGACUGAUCAGACGACCAUGCAGCGCGACCACAAGUAUGAUAUUAGACCAAAAUUGCAUGACACGAAGUUCAAUUACCAUUUAUAGUCACUUUGAGACCACAGAAUUCAGUCAGUACAAGUAUUUUUAUUGAUCAAGUAGCCGGUUUGUGGAAAAGCAGAAAUAAACAGACUUUUACAUCCCAUUUUGUGGUGUGAUUUAGAACAUAAAUGAUGCGAUUUUAAUAGAACAGAUGUGAUUUAGAGCAAAGAAUACUGUGAUAUGUGAAUUUAUCACAUUGCUAUAAUAAAAUGCAUGUGACAGAUCAAAACUGAGUCUAGGUUAGAUUUUAACAACCUAGGCUAUUUUUCAACUGUCUGAAAAAGGGCUUUUUAUUUUUUGGGGUGUAGCUGAUAAAUUGGGGCGUGGCUUUUUAGGGGGUUCUUAAAAAGAAUUAAAUGCAAUUGUAAAGUUAACUUCUCACAUCAACACCACCCUCCCCUCCUACAAUUUGUGUGUACAUCCCCUAACCACUUCUUAUUUCCCCUUACCCUCCCCUGCCACGAUUUGCACAUGUAUUUACACCCCCUUACCACAUAUCACACACUAUUAGAGAAUAAAGUUUACACUUACCAAGAAUUGAACUCACAACCUUUGGCACAGAAGUCCACUAUUAUCUCCACUUGACCAAGCAAGCAAUCGUUGCAGUGGAGGGAGUAUUUUGCAUUAUUAUUGCUUACUGGUUCCAGACUCCCUGCAGCCAAAGUUUUAAUUUGUUCGUACAUGUGCACAGAAUUAAGUUCUGAAACAUUGAUUUCAAAAUGGCCACAUAUGCAGAUAAAACAGUAUUUUACAAGAAACUAGAUGCCUUAAAAACAUCAAGCAAGGGAAAAGAUAAUAAAACAACAUUGUUUAUUUCUGAUGACUUGUACUAUCAAGCCAAAUGCUGGCUAGGCCAAGGAGAAGGUUUGUUUGAGUCAAUGUCUAAGAAAUAAAGAAUGUCUAAGAUAAAGUUGAGAAGACCUCCUCUCUUCACUCUAAUGUCCUUAUUGGCAAAAUUCUCCAAGUUGAAAGUAAUUACACUAAAGUAGCUACAAGCCAUGGAAUAAUUUCCAUAUUUAUUCCACCAAUUGCUUAAACAAAUGUACUGCUACAAAAUAAUGUUUUUGAUUACUCCAAAGAGAUCUCUUUUUCAUCAGCUUGCAAAAAGGCCACAAAUUAAGUUACAUUGCUGGUGUCCAAUUUAUGAGAAUAGAGUGUAAAUGAGUCAACAAGUGAAUGAGUCACAAGUCAAUUAAAGAACUUUGAAUCUCCCAAAUAUGCUGUGAAUAUCUGCUUUCUUGUUUGAUAACACUACAUACUGUACAGUGACAAACCUAACCCUAAGUAAAUGCGAACCAUUUCAAGUAACUGCUUAACCCUAAUCAGUAUUGUCAGUGCUUAACCCUAAUCAGUAUAGCCAGUGCCCUGAUCAGUUUAGGCAAUGCUUAACCCAAAUCAGUAUGGUCAGUGCUUAUAUGCGUGGCUAGCCUUACCUUAGAUAUCAAUGUACUGGUAAUAUGGCUUAUUGCAUAACUAUAUAACAGUACCUAAUAAAUAACCCAGGGCCGGGUUGUUCAAAGCUGGGUUAAGGUAACCCACGGUUAGUGCGAAAUUUGAACUCAGAUAUGAGGGCUUAAAAAGCAAAUUCAGUUUAAUUCUCUUUGCCUACAAUUUGAUGAUUGGAUACUCUAAAAGGAAUAGAGAAAAUUAUCCAAGAGAGAGCUUUUGAUAAAAAGAUAAAGAAACCUGGGUUAAAAUUUAACCCCGGAUUAGGGCAAACCGGCGUUCGAACAACUGGGCCCAGGUUGUUAAAAUUUAACCUCGGUUAAAUCAAAAAUAACCUAGACUUAAAUUUGACCUGUAACAUGUACAUUGUAUAAUGGGACUUUUUAUUACCAACAGAAUAAUAACUUAAUUAGCGCCCCUAGAUUAAGUACCCAUCUUCCAAUAAACACCUCUCCUUUUAGUUGACAUUUGAAAUAAGCACUAAGGCGCUUACAUUUAUUCUCGGAAAUAAAGUAUACUGUCUUUGUGUUAACUGUGUUGACAAGCUCAAUAUUGUAGAUAAAUAGUUGUAUAUUUACUGUACAUGACUUGUAAGUAGUAAUGGCAACUUUUUUCUCUGGGUUGUUUUUUACAGAUCCGUGAAGAAUAUGAGCGUCUCCAAAGAGAAAAAGAAGAACGCCGAUUACAGCAACUUACAAAUCCAACGGUGAAUGGAGUCUUUUUGCAAGUGAUUUUGUUUAUGUUAAAUUGCUUCUGCUUUGAUCUCUAAUGUUGUUCAACAUAAGCUGUAUUAAUUUUUGAAACUUUUGUGCUCUGUUUGCAGGGCAGUAUUUCUGUUGGAGUGGAUGCAACAAACUUGUUUGAUAGUUAUGAAGAUUCCUUUGAAGGGAGGUGAGAGUUUUGGCUGAUCUUUCAUCAGAAUCUUUGAAGCUUAAAGUGCCUAUCACCUGAAAUUUUUUAUUUUCUUAUCUGAAACUACACCUCAUUAAAAUAACUUCUACGAAAUAAUUUUGCGAUGUGAACCAAAGACGAUUUUUUUAGAAUUUUUUAAAAACAUUCAAAUUUGCUGCCAUUUUGGCACACCAUUCGUCUUAGUCUUCUUUCAGGGUAUGACGUACUUUAAGGAACACGUGACUUUAUCGACAGGAAAACAUUAAAAGUUUGCGAAGACAUUGUGAUUCAAUCCUUACUUGUAAUUGAUCUUUUUUGUGUACAGCUGGUGAAGGAAAGGUAAUGUGAGUUCCUUAAUUUAUGUUACAUGACGUCAUAUAUGAGCCUGCUAGUUUGCAUGAUCAGCAGCGCGGGUGUACCGCAAAAAUGUGGACUUCAAAAGUUGGUUAAAAAAUGGCGUUUUGUUGAAAUGGCAAAAUUUUUUUGCAGAAGUUAUUUUAAUAAGGUAUAGUUUCAGAUAACAAAAUAAUUUAUAAAAUUUUAGGUGAUGGGCACUUUAAGAGACAUCAGUGUAAAUGCCUGAAAUAGUGCCAGUUUCAAGUAAGUUCUCACCUUUGAAUUAGCACCUCCUUGCUAUAAUCUUAUGUGUGCCCUUUGUAUACCCUCCACCUCUCUGUACACAGUACUGAUACAGUCACAAGAGAAUGACCCACUUGAAAAAAUCAUGCUGUUGGGUGUUAAACACGCUUCUCUUUAGUAGUGCUUGAGGAUGGCAGCAUAACUUAUUGAUGACAUGUGGAUGUUGCAAAUUAAUUUUAUUGGUUUAUGUACCAGACACACUGAAAUUUGCUACCGUAUGUUCUUGCACGGUUUGUUCAUUAGAGUUGAAGACAGUACACUUCCAACAAAUUAGUUUCCCACACCCCUCUAAGCUAAAAAAAAAAAAAACUAAAUAAGCACCCCAGGCUCUUAUUUGAGUAUUUUGUAAUAUACAGUCGUGUUCUUGUGACUGUCAGUUGCAUUUUUAAAUUUUCUUUGUGAUGAAGUCUAGUCAUGAUUGUCUUUCAGGUUCUUACCAAACAUUGAGGUGAACUCAAUGUCCAUCUCUCAGUCCAUUGAAGUAAGUUCUUGUUGCAUAAAUUGAAAUUUAUAAAAUUUAAAAAUUUAAAAAUGUUAUUUAAGAAGGAGACAAUAUUUAUUGCUGUCUUCAAAACAGAUUUCAUCUUUGAUGUAAUGUUUAAAUCUCAGUUGGAACAACAAGCUGAAGUGACUGAUUUCCUCACAAAGUUUCCCAUUUUAAUGUCAUUUCUUUGAUCUUAUACUCAAUAAGAAAUUAAUACUGUUGUUCAUCUCCGGCAAAUUUUUAUGGAAAAUUUAGGGGCUCAAGAGACAGGAAAAAAACAAAUUUGUCUUUAUUGUUACCCGGUACUUUUUUUUCAUUUCCUCCUACCCAUAGUUUACAUUCAUGAUUCUGAAUAAUUAUAGGCAGGAUUAGGAAACAAAGGAAACAUAGAAUCAAUCUAGUUUGAGACCAUUUUAACCCUUUAAGCCCCAAUAUCCACAUACAAAUUCUCCAAACUGAUCUCUAUACAUUUCCUUAAAGAAUGAGUUGAGAGAAUUUGAGAAAAGAUCAAAGCGUUUUCUCUUAGGUGAUCAUUUAAUUAAUUCUCAUAACCUCAUCUCAUGACAAUGUAUGGAUAUUGUUAGGAGAAAAUUGCUGUUGGUCACUAUUGGGACUUAAAGGGUUAACCGGGGGUCAAUUUUAAUAAAAUGUUUAUAAGUGUAAUUUACAAUUGUAGCCAACAACAACAGCCCUAUUCAGGACAUGUUCACCUGGAUGAUCAUGCUCCACUCACUUUUGAGAUGAUUGCAGGGUUCAAACAUAUCAUAGUGUAACUACAAUUGUUUUGGAGUUUGAAAACAACAGCUACACUUGUAAAUUACACUGCUCAAAGUGGUAUUAAAUGGGCCCCUGAAUUUACUUUUGACAAUUCUUUGGUGACUGGGGUUAGUCCUGGAAAUGGACACUCGAUUCUUAGGUAAACAACGCGGACUUGAAACUUGAACGCUAAAAUCAUAGUAUGCAUAAUUAUGUAUGUGUUUCAUUACUAUUUCUUUGAAGUGAUCAAUGUCGUUUCUUUCUCAAGGCCCCUUUGACUCGUACAGACACACUCACUCUUGCUGGUUCUCUGAAGAUCAAAAAUGGAAAUGGCACUGGCAGUGUGUCAUUGUCAGAGAGAAGAAUACUAUCACAUAAAGCAUGGGGAGAAGUAAGUCUGCACUGCUUGAUUCCGAUAAGAGGGACUUUAAGUUCCCAUGACGCCACGGCAAUGAGAAUGUCUAAAAAACAAUGGGUUUAAUAACCAAAACUACAACUUUGCAAGUGCAUACAUUUUUUGUAUAUUUUUCUUUACCAGUUUUGGAAGACUACAAUGUGAAAAUGUCAAACAAGCAAUGACGAAAUUUUAUUUCUUUUUCUGAACUUGCAUAUGGUCCUAUGGAAUUAGACCUCAGGAGGGUUUGCAUACAUUUGACAAUGUAAGUGGGUAGGAAUUAUCGCGAUUAAGACUGAAAGAACACUAACUGACUUUUUAAGCAACAUUCUUGUUGCCGUCGUGUCAUUGAAUCUUAAAGUCCUAAUAAUAAUGAUAAUAAUAAUAAAUACAUAACUAUCCUUUUCCCUUAUGGGGCUUUUCAGGGAUAAUGAAACAAUUAUUAAUAUAUUCAGAUGGAAAAUAACAUGGUUAAAAAUCCCAUCUGGAAGGCGGUGAACCAGCUGGCUAUUUUACCAGCGUGGCCAAGGAUUUGAAAUCAGGGCUUACCGAGAACAAAUCCAAGAACAAAGUCCUUAGGCACAUUUCUCUCAAAAUCUAUUUUAAAUUACUCGACUGUGCUCUCUCUUUCUCUCAAAAUUUAUGAUUAUAUCAACACAUCACAAAAAAUAUCAAAUUGUGCAUCAUACAAGAUAAUGAAAAACUAGGUAGUAUUACUUCUGACAUAAAAGCUGGUAAAGGCAUUUUAUGUUUUUAUUUGAAUAGUCACAUCAUAGGAUUUCAUCCACGUGCUCAAGUUACACGUAGAACUACAUGUACAUGUGUAUUGCAUACAUGUAUGUCACUUUCAGAAUAAAAAGAUCAAGUAACAUUACUUGCAUAAGUUUGAAAAGCCAAGGUUGGUACGAUGUAUUUUUGGUUGAUGUGGUAUUUAAGAUUUAACUGCCUUUAUUUAUUAUUCUUGCUGCUGUGCCAAAGCCAACUUUGUUGUUGAUACAUUUGAAAUAGUAAAAUUUCUCUGACAUUUUCGUAAUAUUGAUUUCAUUCCAGGCAACAUUUGAAGCUGGAAAUGGUCCCACACUUACCCUGCGAGCAUUCUCAAACCUUACACAGAGAAGGUGGUCUUUUUAUCUUUACUGUAAACAGUUUUGUUUCAUAAGGAUAUUGCUGUUUUAGGGGGUGCUACUUGAGAAAACUCACACCAGCGCAAGUUUCACACCAGGAUGACUUUUUGAUUUGGUACAACAACUGGGGUGAACUCAUGCCGGGGUGACUCGCACCAGCAUGACAUUUUGUGGUGGUAUCAUGUAAACAGAUAUAGAGCCAUGAGAGAGAACCAGAGUGAACUCGCUCCAGGGCGAAAGUCACCCCGUUGUCAUGUAAACACCCCCUUAGGUCAAUUCUGUGCUUACACUGUAAGUCAUUACGGAUCAUUAUAUGUUUCUGGGAAACUGCCCACCUACCCCUCCCCUAAGCCAGCAGAAACACUAAUUUCUCACUUAGGGCAAAAUGUUGGCUUGUUAAGAGGGGAGGGUAGGUGGGCAGUUUCCCAGAAGCGUAUAAUGUUUUGUCAUGACUUAGUGCCUUCACCCAUACACAAAAAUUAAUUUAUGCUCCGGUAAAGUUAUGAAGACAAAUUGAAACAAAUUUCGUCUGGGGCAUUAACCACAAACAUUGUUUUAAGGAGAUGUUUGUAGACCAAGUAUAAACACUUGAAAAAGUUAGGCUAACUUCUUUCAACUUUCAGUCCAUACAAAUCCUUGCCAUUUGUAGCAUUUGAUGCAAAGACACAUUUUCGCUUUAUUAAAAGAUAGCAAACAGCGUGAAAUAGCCAGCCCCUCCAUCACUUGAUUUAUAAUAUUACCACAGUGAUUUGGUCACAAACAGUUAAGGUGGGUCUUGGGACUCAUCUUGUGAAAAAUCAUGAGUCCCAGUCCAGAGCCAAUAAGAACCAGUUAAAAACAACGAGUGCUAAAUUGAAAUUGCUUGGGCUGUUAUGUAAUUCGUACAUACUGUAAAACAUACAGUAUACUGAAAUUAAAAUAUAAUCCUUCUAUUUAAGCACAAACAAGAAUAAAAUAAAUAUGCAUUGUUAAACAACAGCCACAGAAGUCACUUGAACAGGAUAUUCUACAAAAUCUUCUUCAGAUCCCUUGAUCAAUCUUUGAGUUCUACAGGACACAUGCCAAUGAAUUAUUUUUAUGCACCAGUGACACAGCACGCGGAGGUAACAAGAUCACUGUCUAUACAAAUGUAACCACUGUGCAGUUUAUUGUGUAACCAAUCCUUUCCUUGCUCUUAGUUAUUGCAUUGGUGGAAUUGCGAUUGGAAGUCAUGGAAAAGGCAUGUCUGUAGGAAUGAAUGGCAGUAAGUGAAAAUCUAUUAAAAUAAUAAUUACAUGAAAUUUAAUAGUAUUUGUUGGGGGAAAUCUAGAAAUCAAGCUACAACUAGUUCUUGGCUCAUUUUUCUCAUGUAAUCGGUAUUUUUUGUUAUCCUCAGUAACAAAAAAAAAAGAAAAUUAUAAAAAUUUAAAAAUAAUUAAAACUAAUUACCAACAAUAAAAAAAAUUAUUAUUAUUUUGUCAUUUAAUUAUUAAGCGGCAAGUGUUGGAACUUGCUGCAAUUUCAUUCAGUUAGUUUUGGAUACUAACAAUAUUUUUUCUUGCCACCUCACACAGUGCUUGCUCGACAACUCGACAAACACACAGUUGGAUAUUUAACUUACAAGGGCGGUGUUCGCUCUUCGAUGAACACAACAGUGGUUAGGGAAACAGAACAAAGUCGAAUGCAGUUUACCAUUCAGGUAAUGACAUAGAAUAAUAAGCUACAUGUAACUUAAAACAUUUGAAUUUCGAAUGGCAUCACUCCAGAAAUUUUUUUGUGGUCAUGUUUCAUCAUUUCGAACUUACCGUGUAAGAAUUAAAAAUGGCGUCCUUCCAAACAUUUGCUUUUCAAAUUUCUGUCAUGCUUCCAAGAAUUAAAAUUUCCAAUAUCGUCCUUAAGACAUAAAACGGUAAAAACGAACGAUAAAAUCCAACGUUUCAGAAUAGUCAUGUCUCCAUUAUCAAGGAAAAAUGGUUUUGAUUAUGCAAAUUACAGCAUUUUAAGCGAUGUGGCGCGAAAAUUAACAUAACAGGGCGCAAAGAUUAUGAAAAUACUUUUGCACGAAUAGAGUCUGAUUGCACCUUGAGAUUUGGCUUUAAGGUUCUUAUAAAAAGCAUUUCGUACACUAAACAGUCAAAUUUGUUCCUGCGUUUCUUAAGCGCUUCGAAACGUUUCAGCAGGCUCUGAGGGAUCGUCCCGUGCACGUUCUUGUAGGGUUUGGCAAUGGCAGAGGUCUGUUGUUUAUGUCCUUUUACACGAUUGUGUAAAUGGCUACGUGUGUAACCUACAUAGCCUACAUCACACAGGUCACAUUGGAAGUUAUAAACUACACACUGUUCAUUUACGAUCGGUGGCUUUGCUUCUUUCACAUUCAGUUCUUAUUCAAUUUUUCGGCUGGCAAACACAGGCUGGAUGGUGGUGUUUACUUUUAGGCUCAGAUCCUUGAGUUCUUCUUUCACAAUAUCUGCUGAGAUUUGGUCUUUAAAUGGUAAAACCACUCGAAUCCGUGUCAUCUGUCUCUUUAGCUGGUGAUAAAGGUUGCUACUGGUCAAAAACCUUUGAGUCAACGAAACUUUUGAUGUUAGAGUUAACGAGGUGUUUUGGGUAGUUUAAACGCGGGAAUGCUGUCUUCAAUCGGUUACAUUCGUCCGUGAAGUGUGACCAACAAGAAGAUAAACGAUAUGCUCGAUCCAGCAAGUAGUAUAGUAAAUGUUGCCAUCUGCGUCACUUCACUUAUUUUCUGAAUCAUCUCACAAAGUCGCUCCUGUUGAAGAGAGUAAAGUAAGUAAGCAAGCGAAGCGAGUGAGUGAGUAAGGUAAGCAAGAGUAGUAGUCGCUCUUUGUUCGAAGAUAUCAGAAAAUAAGUGAAGUGACGCAGAUGUCAACAUUUACUAUACUACACUGUAGUGAAUUAUUUUAAAGUUUUCCAUGGAAUCCAUUCUUUACAACCGUAUGCAUUUUUAAACAUUGCACCUUCUUCAUUUUGUGGAUAACAAUUUUUAAACUCUAAACAGUUUUUCCAGAUUUUACAGUUAUUAGUUUUUUGACAUUUUUUACAUCUUUGAUUGUGUUUAUUUAUGUGUUCUUUAUCAAAAGCAUAACUUUUUUUUGUAAGACUUUUAUUGAGUUCUUCGUAGUAUAUUAUUUUAUCUAGUGGAGUGUUGUCUAAAAAUUUUUGUUUUUCAGUAUCAAUGUUGUAUUUUUUAUAAACUUGUUUUCUUGUUAGUUUGGUAUUCAUUUGUAUUAUAGUUAUUUUAAUGUUUGAAUCAGAAAAAUAAAAUUGAUUUAAGAAAAUAAUUAUAAAAAAAAAUAUAAUGGGUUUUAAAUCAAAAAACAGUAGUUUAAAUAUUUGUAAAGGUUUUGAAGUUGGUGGAUUGACAUUUGAUAGUCAAGACGAUUAUAUAUAUUUUAAAAGUCUUGAUGAAAAAAUUAACCAAGUAGUUCAAUCAGUGAAAGAUGGUAGCAUUGAUUUAGAAUCUUUUUUUGAUAAUAUUAAACCAAUUAGUGUAAAAGAAAAUUAUCAUAAUGCAAGAGAAAUAAUGGAUGGUAUGUUUAAAAAUGCAACAGAAUUAUUAAUUUAUAAAGAUGAAUUAUUUGAGAUUAAAAACAAAGUUGGUAGUUGUUUUUUUAAAAAGAUUAAUGUAGAUUGUAAUUAUGAUGAUUAUAAUUAUACUAUUGGAGAUAUUGAUUUAAUAGAUUUUUCUGAUGGUGAAUAAUAAAAAAAAUAUAUUUUAUAAACAUUUUUUGUGUUUAUAAAAUUAUCUAUUUUAUUUAAUAAAAAAAUGAAUGGGAAUAUUACGAAUCCAAUCUACAUUGAUUGUAAUAAUUGUAAAAAUCAAUUAUAUCUUGAAGAAGGAUUUAUACAAAAAAUAGACAGAAAAAAAGUUUCUAGUUAUUUAAGAAGUUUAAAAGAAAAUGGAGAUUAUUAUAAAAUUAAACAUAUAAAAAAGUUGUAUAGAAUUUAUAAAAUUUUAUACCAAGCAAAAAGUUUAGUGUAUAACAAAGAUACUUUUGAGUAUACUACUAAAGAUUUAUCUAUAAAUGAUUUUUAUACUUUUUUGUCAUAUUUUAUUAGUUGUUUAAAAGAAGAUAUUAUUAGUUUUAUUGACAUUUUACAGGAUGAUAAUUUUAAUAAUGAUGAUUUAUUAGAAAAUAAUUUAAAUAAAAAUCAGGAAAAUUUUAAUAUUUAUUUAAAAUAUAAUCACUUUUUUGAUGAUACUGAUUUAUAUAAACAAAUGAUAAAAAAUGGAAGCAUUAAAAAUAGAAGAUACUCAUACUAAAAAUGUUCUUACAGGAGAAGAGUUUAAAAAAUUAACAAAAGAUGCUAAAAAACUCGGUGCUGAAUCACUUGAUUAUUCAUCUCGUAAAAAUAACAAAUACAUGGUUACACUUCCAAGUAAAAAGAAAGUUCACUUUGGUUCUAUUAAAUAUGCAGACUUUACUAUUCACAAGGAUAAAGAAAGAAGAGAUAAAUAUUUAACUCGUGCUAUGAAGAUUAAAAAUAAAAAGGGUGAAUUAACAUAUACUAAUCCAGAAUCGAGUAACUUUUGGUCGAUAAAUUUACUUUGGCCCAAAAAUAAAAUUGAAUAAUAUGCUUAAAGAAAUAAAAAUUAAUAUAAAAUGGUUCUCAUAUUAGAAAAUAAUAAAAAGUUUUAUUCUCAUCCUAUUUAUGAAAAAUAUGCAGCAAAUAAAUAUGGUGAAAUUAUAAAUGUUAGAAUAAGAAAACCUAUGUUAGGAAAUCUUAAUAAUAAUGGUUAUUUGAGAUUUUGUAUAUCUGUGGCAAAAAAUAAAGUAAAAAAUUAUCUUAUACAUCGAUUUGUUUAUGAGUGUUUUUAUGGGAUGAUAGAAAGUGAUAAAUGUAUUAAUCAUAUCAAUUUUAUUAGAACAGAUAAUAGGUUGAAAAAUUUGGAAGUAGUAACAACAAGUGAAAAUAAUAAAAAAUCAACAAAUAAUAGAGAUUAUAGUUUUGUUAAGGAUAAUCAUAAAAAUAGAAAAAGAGUUAAGGCAAUUAAUAUUUUAACAAAUGAAGAAGUUAUUUACAAUAGUUUAUACUCAGUUAACAAGUUAUUAGGAAUUAAUGCAGGUCAUGUUAAAAUGAUUUGUGAGGAGAAGUAUAUAUAUUGUAAAUCAGCCACUUCAAAAAAAGACGGUCAAAAAUACACGUUUGAAUAUUUAAAUGUGGUUUAAGGAUUAUCUAAUUAUUAAUAAAAUGCAGUUGACAAGUUACGAAAAUAUUACCCAAGACAAUAUCGUGUUUAAUGAAAGCAAAGAGUAUAAAGUAAAAGAUAGCAAAAUUAAAUAUAAACGUAUUCCAAUUGAAAUCAAAUACCCAAAUAAGAAAAAAGGUCCACUUGUAAUAGAAACUCCAGUUCUUUUUUCUUUUGGAGUAAAUGAAAAGAAAAACCAAGAUACAAAAAAGUUAGUAGGUUACUCAAUACCAGUAUGUCUUUGGUCUCGCGAUAGUGAACCGAGUACUAAAGAAAAAGAAUUUUUUGAUGUUAUUAAUAAUAUAACAACUGCAUCACAACAUUAUUUAGAAAGUGAAUAUGGUCCUGAUAUGGCAUCAACUUUAUCUUCACCACUUUACCAUAAACAAAUAGAAUACACAGACAAUAAAGGAAAAAAGAAAACAAAAGUUGAUGAAUCAUCAGCACCAGUUCUCUACGCAAAACUUAUUUACUCAGAAAAAACAAAAAAAAUUUUAUCUUUGUUUAAGGGAAAGGGAGGCCGUGAUCUAAAUCCUUUUAAAUAUCUUAAUCAAUACUGUAAUGUUAAAUUGGCUCUAAUAAUUGAAGGAAUCUUCAUAAGUAAAACUGUAACAUCUUUACAAAUAAAAGUACAUGAGUGCUAUGUUAAACCACUCAAACCUAGAGAGUCUUUAUUGGUGUUUGAAGAGGAAGAGGAAGAAGAAGAGAGUGAGGGUGAUUAUACAAAAGAUGGUCUUGAAGCAUUACUUGAAAAAGUUAGUGAUGAAGAUUAAUAAUAAGAUUUUAUUUUUAAUACAACAUUAUUUUGUAUUAAAAAUUAACCAAAUCUUUUAAACUUACCCAUGAGUUAAAUUUAUCAGGAUAACCACUCCAUUUUACUAAUGCCAUUUUUUUCUUAUUAUCUCUUUUGAUAAUCUUUUCUAUUCUAUACGUCUGUUGUUUUGCUUUUUGUAAUUCUUGCUCGUAGAAAGAACCCUUAAUAUCUUCUCCCAUUAAAUCAACAAUACUAUAUGUAAUAGGUUUUGUUGGAAGAAUUUUAUCAAUUACAAAUAUUUCCUCUGUCCAGUUUGGUGUAUAACCUUUGUCAAAUACCCGCCUUUUAUACUUAGAAAUUCUAACAUGAUCACCAAUUGCAAACUUUGUUUUACCAGGUUUCAAGUAAAUUAAAUCACUGUACAAAUUAGACCAAACUUUACUCUGAUUCUUUUUUUUACUUGCUUCAACAGGAGUCAUUUUUAUACUAGAAUGUCUAGUAUUAUUAUAAUCAUCAACUAGUUUAUCUAUCUUAUCCCAGUAAACAUUAUUGUUAUUCACAGUAAACAUUUUCCACAUUCUGUUUUUCAUUGUUUUAUUCCAUCUCUCAACAAUACUUGAUUUUUCUUCAUUUUCAGUGUGAUACAACUUGAUUCUCUUUUUUUGAAGAAAAUCUCUGAAAUGUUUACUUAUAAACUCAGAACCUUUAUCAGUCCAUAACAUUUGAGGUUUACGUUUACUUUUAAACACAAUAUCAAAUGCUUUACUAACAGUUUCAGUUUUUUUAUCUUUCAAAGCUAUAAUCCAUCCAUACUUACUAAACACAUCAAUAACCAUUAACAAAUAUUUAAUUCCUUUAUUCCACUUACUAAACUUUUGCAUUUCAACUAAAUCAGCAGCCCAGAUAUCAUCAAUUCCAUUUGAGACUACUGAUCUCUUUUGAAAGUUUCGUGUGAUUGGUUUGUGAAGUUCGUCGGCUAAUUGUUGAGACCAAUCAUUACUCAACGCCGACUGGCGUUUAAACCCAUUCCAAGUUUUUGUUUUGUAUUUAUCAUAGUUCUAGCCAUAGCAUGCCCCCAUUGUCUUUUUUUCCAAGGAAUUGCAUCUAGUGCUUUUAUCAUUUUUUUAUCAGCCUCAUUUUUACAUUUUACUUGUUCACUUUUUGGUUUAUUUCCACAAACUGUGUAAUCCACAUCAUGUUGCAUACUAACUGCAUCAGUUGGUCCUGUUGGUUGUUGGUAAAUUUCUAAUAUAUUUCCUUUGUUAUCAUGACGAAGUUGUUUUUCCAGAGGAUUACCAGGACCUGUAUAAUUAUGACCUGGUAAAGUAAAACCUUUGGGAGGAGCAACUUUUAGUAUUUGUUUAUGAAUAUCUAUUCCUUUUCCAUCAGUUUUAUACUUUUUAUUCGGUCUAACUUUUUUUGAAAGUUGGUUCAUUGCUUCUCCAACAGAAUCUUGAAUAAAUGGUGUAAGUUUACUAAUCCCAUAGUUUACAGCUUUUUUUUGUAGUUUUUUAUUUCUAAGGGCUUCACUUGCUCCAUAUUUUCCCAUUUCAACUGCUUUUUUUCCCAUCCAAGGUAAACCAUAAUGUACAAAUCCAUCAACUGCUGUACCAACAACAGUAUCAAAGACGCCCGCCCCUUCAGACGGGCUAAUUAGUUUUUUGAUUUUCUUUUUGUUUUUCUCUUUUUACCACUUCCAGUUUGAGAAGCUGUACCAGUUUUUACAUAUCUAACUUUUUUGAUCCCACAAACUGCACAUGUGCAAAAGAAUUGAGUUCUUCCUCUUUUAUCUUUUUGGUAACCACUUGGCUCUGUGCAAGGAGUUACUCUUUUAUCUUUAAUACAAUAUGUUUCUUUCAUUUAAUAUAAUGUUUAUAUAAAAAAUGACUACUAGAACUAAUUUUCUAAAAAGUGAGCUUGAAAAGAUAUAUAGUAGCCUAAAUAUUAGUUAUGAAUAUGCUGAUUUUUCUAGAUUGGAAUAUGACACUAGAUUUAUAAAAGUAUUUGAGUUGCUUAUGGAAAUAAGUGAAAAAGCAAAUACUCUCAAUAAAGUUGUAAAAGGAAAUUAUUUAUUUAUAUAAUAAAUGGAAAAUCUUAGAAAAAAGAUAUUGAAAAUUGAAGAACAAUUAGAUGAAGCUUAUGAGUUAGUGGGUUUUCAAUAUUUAAAAAUAGAAGAAAAAUAUGAAACAAUUGAGGUGGAACUAAAUAUAAUUGAAAAGAAAUUAAAUAAGAUAAAAAAGUUGUUAAGAAAAAUAUAAUAUAUACUAAUAACAAAUGGAGGCUAAAUUCUUUUCUGAGAUUGAAAAAUCUAUUGACGUUAAAACAAUCAAGGAUUUUGAAAAAGAAUUGAGAACAAAAAUAUAUAAUGAGUUGGAAAAACUUAGAAAGAGUAAUGAUGAUCUUUCCAGAAUUUUAAUGGUCACCGAAAUUGAAAUGUGGAGAAGAAUUAGAGAUGGGGGAUAUUCAUGGUUAAGUAUUGAUAAUAGUAAAAAGAAAAAAUUAUUUAGACUUAUUGAUAUUUACUCAAAUUUUAUUGAUUUAGUUGAUAGUGUUAAAAAUUUAGACACAAAAGUACAGAAGGUUAAACUACUAAAAAAUACACCAGUUGAUAGUGAGUAGUAACGUUUAUAAAUAUAAUAUUUUUUAAUAAUAAUAUUAUAUUUUUAUCCGCCAAAGUAAGAUUUUAUAAAAUCACUGUUGUCAUUAUCAAAAUGAGGGUUAUGUAUUACAUCUAGAAUACUACUUCCUCUCUGUCUCUCAAAUAAGUAGUAUAAACACCAAUAUCCACAAAGUACAGUAUUGCGAUUUUGUAUUUCAUCCAUAGAGUAAACUAUUUGUUUUUCAGAAGUACGAAAAUAUUUUAGUGCUUCAUUUGGCAUUAUUAGUCCAAAAGGAUCGAAAUACUCAACUAAAUUGUUUAUAUUUCUAUAACAAACCCAGUGUGUUCCAGGACCUUCAAUAUCAUCUAGAUUAAUUACUCCACACUCUUUUGUUAUUUUUUUUGGUAAUCUAUCACGAGUAUAUAUUCCUCUGAAAUAUUUAAUACCAAGUUUUUUUAUCCAUUCCAUGAGGUCAAAAUUAGACAAAGGUUUAAUUAUAAAAUGGAGCCGAGAAUUGGAAUUGAGUUGAAUGGGCUGUUUUUUCCUAGUAGCAGACCUGAACCCCUGGAUUUGGGCUUUUUUUUUUUAAGUCCCAUUCCUAUUGGAUUUGACCAUGUAUCUAUAAAAGGUGGAGGUGAAUUAUAAACAUGACCUUCACCGUGUGUAGAUACUGGAACGUAAAUAUUUGAAGUAUUGGAUGAAUUACUUCUAUCUACUUGUAGUCCAGAUCCAAACAUUUUUGAUACUAAACUUAUUGCCAUUGGAAUUCCAAUAGAAGCAAGUGUUCCAAGAAAUCCCCCUUCUAUUUGUUUACGAGUUGGUUUAAUAAUUAAUCGUCCACCUGUUUUAUAUGCUUUAUUAAUUUGAUUUACUUGUGAUUUGGUAAAUUCUCUUACAAUAGGUGGUAACAUUGGGAAGAACUGAUGGGGGAUUGUUAUUCCUUUUCCAAAUAUUUUAUUUAAUCCAAUCUCUCCAAGUGCGGUUGCAGCACCUGUUGCUAAAGCAGGUGCAACUUUUGAAAUUCCCUUUAUUGCAUAAGGUAAUACUUUUGCUCCAAUAGAAGCAAGUGAUGAAAAUAAGUUUCCACCAUGUUUUACAGAACGUCUAAUUUGUGUUUCACUUAUCUUUAUAUCAGUUCCAGUACGAUUUGCAAUAGAUUUUUUUAUUUUAUAAAUUUGUCUUUGGGUCAACAUUAAUUCAUCAGGACCUCGAAGAUGUGAAUGUUUUAUUCGAAGAGUUAGUCCUGAUUUAUUUUUUAUAGCAGAAGCUAGUUUUAACUUUUGACCAUUUGUAAGUUUUACUCUGUAUUCAAAAUAAGUUGUCAUUUUUUUAUUUUUAGCUUAUAUUAUUUUUUUAAUAAAUAUAUUAUUCUGUUUAACGUAUUAGUUAAUCUUUUAAUAGUUUGUUUUUAAGAAAUAUAUUAUUCUGUUUAACGUAUUAGUUAAUCUUUCAAUAGUUUGUUUUAACUCUUUUGUUGAUGGAUUUGGAUUAGGUAAAAUAGUAUUCAAAUCUAUUAAAUCAUAAUUUAUUGAUUUUGGAUUAGGUAAAAUAGUAUUCAAAUCUAUUAAAUCAUCAUUUUUUGAUUUUGAUUUUGAUUUUGAUUUUGAUUUUGAUUUUGAUUUUGGAUUAGGUAAAAUAGUAUUCAAAUCUAUUAAAUCAUCAUCACUGAAUUGUAUUAAAUCAUCAUCACUAAAUUGUAUUAAAUCUUUUGUUUUUCUUUUUGAUGGUAUAUCAAUUUCUAAUAUUUUUUCUGUUUUUGGUCUUUUUAAUUUGUUAAUCUGAGUUUUAGAUAAUUUUAAAUCUAAUCCUUUAUCAUUUAUAAUAGAUUUAUUUAUUUUAGAAAUUUGACUUUUUGUUAACAUUAGUUUAUAAGGACCUUCAAGUUGUGCAAAUUUUAACCUAAGAGUUAUUUCUGUUUUAUUUAAUAUUGCAGAAGAUAGUUUUGCUUUUUGUCUUUUUGUAAGAUUAAUACCAUAUUCAUAAUAAGUUGUCAUUUUAUUAUUACUUAUUUUAUUAUUUUUUGGAUUAGGUAAAAUAGUAUCAAAAUCUAUUAAAUCAUCAUCACUAAACUCUAUUAAAUCUUUAUUCUCAUCUAUAAAAUCUGUUAAAUCUUUUUCUUGAUAUCCAAAAUCUAUUAAAUCCAAAACAUUUACAGAAUUUAUUUGUUGUUCUUUAUUAAAAGGUUUAUCGCUAAGAGCUAAUAGUUCUGGUUUAAACGAAUUUUUAUUUUUAAAAUUUCUUUUAUCCUUGUAAUAAUAAAUAAAACUAUUUAUUCUUAUUACUUCUUUAUAAGUUCUUAAAAGUUGACUAGUAGUAAGAAUAAUAGGAGUUUGCUCAACACCUAAUUUUCUAUACUCUUCUAACUCUUUGAUUUGUCUUUUAGUAAGAUAAAAUAUAAAACCUUUUGAUUUAGGAAAUUUAUAAAGUGAAACAAAAAUUAUCUUAUAAUCUUUAAUUUUAUCUUUUUUAUUUUCUUUUUCUUCUUUAAUAAUUUUUUGAAUUUUUUUUAAAUAAUCUUGCAAACCAGAUUUUUUUAAAUAAAUUAUUUUUGGAUAGUAAAUUCUUAUUUUAUCUUUAAUAUUAAGGUUUUUUUUAAUAAAGUUUGUAUUAUUACUUUUAUUUUUUUUACCAAUAAUAAUUUUUUUUUGUGUUGGUUGUUUGUAUAAUUUAACUUCUUUACUUGGUGGUAUUGUCCAAUAAUUAUCUGUUGGAGGAAAAUAUGUGUCUGGAUUAUCUUCUCCUCGAAUUGCAAUUAUAUCUUUCAAAACAUCCUCAAGCUUAUAAUUGUUGUUUAGUGUUUCUCGACAAACUUUUUUAAAAUGUAAACCUGAAAAUUUAAUUGUGAUUUUUUUUUCACUUUUUAAAGCUCUUAUAUUUUCUUUUGCCUUUUCUUUUGUAAGAUAAAUAAGAAAAAUACUUUUAUUUUGAUCAUUUUUAUAUUUAUAGUCAACAUUUAAAACGUAAGAUUUAUGUAUAUUUUCCUCUACACAUCUUUUUACAAAUUUUUUUUUUUGAUAAUUAGUUAAAAAAGUGAUACUUGGAACAUAUUGAUAUACUUUUUUUGUUAAUAAUUCUGUUAAUGCUUUUUUUUGAGAUGGGAUUAUUUCUCGAAUAUUUAAUAGCUUAAACAUUAUUUAUUGUUAUUAAUAGAUUAACUGGUGGUAUCACAAAAGACGUCGUAUAUUUUGUUUUAUUACUGGUGGUAUUACUGGUGGUAUUUUUUUAACCAAUUAAAUUUGAUAUAAAAUACGUCAUAUCAAAUUACUAUUAACAACAGACGCCAAAAAAAGUUUACAAAAUAAAAAUUACAGAAGAUGGAAGUGGUGAAGGUACAUCACAAAUGAACAAUUAAUUAAUCAAGCUCUUAAUAAUUUUUAAACUUUUUUCAAGUUUUUUUUUAUUUUCUUUAUUAGCAAUAAUCUUAUCAAUUAUGGAUAAUGAGCUUACUGUAGGAGGUGAUUUUACUGUAGGAGGUGAUUUUACUAUUUGUUCUUUUGGUAAUCGUUUAGUUAUAGGAAUAUUAUAAAUAUCUUUUUUUAGAACAUCUUUGUCAGUAAUAUUAACUUCUUUUUCAUCUUGUUUUUUAGUUUUAUUAUUCCAUUUAAAAUUUUUCAUAAUAAUAGAAUAAUUUUUUGGUUUGAUUUCAUUUUCAUAUAAUUUUAUGUCGCUUAAUACUAUUUCAAAUCGAUAAUUUUUUUCAAUAGUAGCUCUACAAACUUUAUCAAAAUGAGAACCAGAAAACACAAUAGUAUGUAUUUUUUUUUUAUUAUUUAUUGCUUUUAAAUUUUCUUCAGCCUUUUUCUUAGAUAAAUAAAUUAAAUAAGGAAAUUUAUUUUCAUCAUAAAUGUAAUUGUAAGAAACAUUUAACCUAUAAGAUUUGUGAAUAAUGUUACUUCUACAAUAUUUUUCAAACUUUUUUUUUUGAUUAAUUGUUAAAAAUGUUAGUGAUGGAUAGUAUCGAUCUACUUUUUUUGUUAACAAAUUUGUUAACUCUUCAUAAAAUGGUUCAUAUAAAUCAUCUUCAUUAAAAUUUUUUAAAAAUUUAAUCAUAUUUUAUAUUAUAAUUAUUUUAAGCUCUUAACAAUAGUUUUCCUCCUUGUUGUUCUAUUUCUGCUGUUCUUUCAUGUAAGACUAGCGCGUAUAUAUUAUAAUCAGCGUUUGGAUUAGCAGAUAAUUCGUAAUGAAAUGCUAAUUUUGUAACACCAUCUUUGAUAUCCAUUUUUUGUUUUGUUAAAUCAAAAUAAACAAAAGGAAAUAACGAUUUAAAAUUACUUAUAUUAAGUAAUGUUCCGCCUUGAUAAUCAUUAUUUGCAUAAACGUAUGACAUUACAUUUCUAAAAACUCUUGACAUAUCUGUAGAAGGUUUAAAGUGAAUAUCUGGGUAUUCGUUUCCAUUUGAAACUUCCAGGUAACAUCUUGAUAUAUUAGCAUUAUUUGGUAGAUUAAAAGUAUCGUAUAAAAAUGGAUUCGCUGUUUGUGAAUCAAUUCUUGCCGUGUUAAUUCCAAAAACAAAUACAUGCCUUGGUUUUGAAAUAGCAUUUGUAAUUCUAANUCAUCUUGUUUUUUAGUUUUAUUAUUCCAUUUAAAAUUUUUCAUAAUAAUAGAAUAAUUUUUUGGUUUGAUUUCAUUUUCAUAUAAUUUUAUGUCGCUUAAUACUAUUUCAAAUCGAUAAUUUUUUUCAAUAGUAGCUCUACAAACUUUAUCAAAAUGAGAACCAGAAAACACAAUAGUAUGUAUUUUUUUUUUAUUAUUUAUUGCUUUUAAAUUUUCUUCAGCCUUUUUCUUAGAUAAAUAAAUUAAAUAAGGAAAUUUAUUUUCAUCAUAAAUGUAAUUGUAAGAAACAUUUAACCUAUAAGAUUUGUGAAUAAUGUUACUUCUACAAUAUUUUUCAAACUUUUUUUUUUGAUUAAUUGUUAAAAAUGUUAGUGAUGGAUAGUAUCGAUCUACUUUUUUUGUUAACAAAUUUGUUAACUCUUCAUAAAAUGGUUCAUAUAAAUCAUCUUCAUUAAAAUUUUUUAAAAAUUUAAUCAUAUUUUAUAUUAUAAUUAUUUUAAGCUCUUAACAAUAGUUUUCCUCCUUGUUGUUCUAUUUCUGCUGUUCUUUCAUGUAAGACUAGCGCGUAUAUAUUAUAAUCAGCGUUUGGAUUAGCAGAUAAUUCGUAAUGAAAUGCUAAUUUUGUAACACCAUCUUUGAUAUCCAUUUUUUGUUUUGUUAAAUCAAAAUAAACAAAAGGAAAUAACGAUUUAAAAUUACUUAUAUUAAGUAAUGUUCCGCCUUGAUAAUCAUUAUUUGCAUAAACGUAUGACAUUACAUUUCUAAAAACUCUUGACAUAUCUGUAGAAGGUUUAAAGUGAAUAUCUGGGUAUUCGUUUCCAUUUGAAACUUCCAGGUAACAUCUUGAUAUAUUAGCAUUAUUUGGUAGAUUAAAAGUAUCGUAUAAAAAUGGAUUCGCUGUUUGUGAAUCAAUUCUUGCCGUGUUAAUUCCAAAAACAAAUACAUGCCUUGGUUUUGAAAUAGCAUUUGUAAUUCUAAAAUGUCCUGUCUGUUGCUGUGAAUUAUUUGAUCGCUCUACUACUUCAUUUAAAUAUGUCCAUUUGUAAGGUUUAAGAUAAUUUUCCAUAUACAACUUUUGUCCUUCUGAAUUAAACGUAAGUUUUGGAAUAAAAAGUUGUAGUCUUGUUAUAAUAACUCUACAAUUAUCAGCUGCUUGAAAAAUUAAAUUUGCAUCUUUUUCAAUUUCAAUAUUUAGCUCAAUUUUUGUGUUUGGAAGUAAUUUGUCUUCCAAUGUUUCAAAAAAAGAAUAUCUAUUAAGAGGAAUUUCGCAGUUUACUGUGGCUGAUGUACCUAAUAGUAAUUUUCUUUUAUGAAAACCUUUAUUAUAAGUUGCUUUUCUUUUAGCUAACUGAUUUGUGCCACUAACCUCAAACUCUCUUUCCUCUGCAUUUCUUGUUGUAUCAAGAAAAUAAAAUUCAUUCGUAGAAACACUCUCAGCAUAUGAAGGACUAUACUCAAGAAGAUUUUUAAUAUUUACAACAUGAUUUGAAUAAUUACAACUGUAAACUUCUCUACCAUUUGCUAGGAUACUUAAUUUUUCUAUAAAUGAGUUACUACCAUUUACAAUUCCGUUAUGGUCAGCAAUUGCUAAAUUUCCUCCAUCUGCCAGCUUAUUUACUUUAAAAUCCAUUGAUAAUCGUGCGUUAUACCAAUCAUAAGGAGUAGCUUCUCCUGUAUUAUCAGCAACAAAUCUAAGACCUGUUUUAGUUUGGUGUGCAUUAUUUGCUGGGGCUGUAUCUAGAGCCUGUUCAAGGUCAAAAACAACAUCUUCAUAUCUUUCUAAAUAUUUUGGAUUUCUAAAAGACUUCAUUUUAUUUUAAUAAUUAUAUAAUUUUAUUUUACGUGUUGAACCUCCACUAAGAAGGUUAUUUAAUGUUUGAUCUAUUUCUUUUUGAGUCAUUGUUUUAACUUUUUUUGUAGGUGUUUUUUUAACAGAUUUUACUUUUUCUUUGGAUAACAUUUGCACUAUCUUAUCACCAGCCUUUUUACCAGUAUAUUCACCAGUUUUUGUUGCAGUCAUUUUUAGUAAUUUAUCACCACUUUUUUGUGCACUCUUUUUAGCAGUUUUUUUCAUUGUCUUUCCAAAUAUUUUUUUACCAAACGAUUUAAACCCAUCCAUCAUUCCUUCUCCAUAAAUAUGUUGUUUUGUAUAUCUACCCAAUUCAGGGUCAAAUUUCAUUUUAAACUCUGAUUGUCGCAUCAUUUUUUAUUUUAAUAGUUAUAUAAAUAUGAAGUAUCACAUUGAGUGAAGAAUCAAAGUCAUAAACCAAUCUAUACCAUUAAAAUUUACUGGUCUUCCAAGUGAGUCUGUAACAUAAAUUCUCAUUUCAUCAAUGUUAAAUGAAGAUAUAUCACAGUACAAAGGUCUUUUAGGCUCGAAAGUAAAUGGAAAAGAUCUUGUGAGAUUGUCUGUUGGUACCACAGCAAUAGUAUUUGUAUUUAUUCCAUUNACCUGUUUUAGUUUGGUGUGCAUUAUUUGCUGGGGCUGUAUCUAGAGCCUGUUCAAGGUCAAAAACAACAUCUUCAUAUCUUUCUAAAUAUUUUGGAUUUCUAAAAGACUUCAUUUUAUUUUAAUAAUUAUAUAAUUUUAUUUUACGUGUUGAACCUCCACUAAGAAGGUUAUUUAAUGUUUGAUCUAUUUCUUUUUGAGUCAUUGUUUUAACUUUUUUUGUAGGUGUUUUUUUAACAGAUUUUACUUUUUCUUUGGAUAACAUUUGCACUAUCUUAUCACCAGCCUUUUUACCAGUAUAUUCACCAGUUUUUGUUGCAGUCAUUUUUAGUAAUUUAUCACCACUUUUUUGUGCACUCUUUUUAGCAGUUUUUUUCAUUGUCUUUCCAAAUAUUUUUUUACCAAACGAUUUAAACCCAUCCAUCAUUCCUUCUCCAUAAAUAUGUUGUUUUGUAUAUCUACCCAAUUCAGGGUCAAAUUUCAUUUUAAACUCUGAUUGUCGCAUCAUUUUUUAUUUUAAUAGUUAUAUAAAUAUGAAGUAUCACAUUGAGUGAAGAAUCAAAGUCAUAAACCAAUCUAUACCAUUAAAAUUUACUGGUCUUCCAAGUGAGUCUGUAACAUAAAUUCUCAUUUCAUCAAUGUUAAAUGAAGAUAUAUCACAGUACAAAGGUCUUUUAGGCUCGAAAGUAAAUGGAAAAGAUCUUGUGAGAUUGUCUGUUGGUACCACAGCAAUAGUAUUUGUAUUUAUUCCAUUUACAAUACUAUUAGUUAUUGCGGUUGUGUUUAUAUUUAGUACAUCAAUAGAAUUUGUUAUAUUUGGUAGUUUUGUUCCAUACUCUGUUUUUGUAAUAAGUUUUUUUUCAAAUCCAAUAAGGUCUCCAAAUUCUGUUCCUCUCAGAUCUAAUUGAUAAUUACCCUCAAUUGAUACUAACACUCGGUAGGUAGAUAGUAUAAAUGUUAUAUUAAUUGAAUAAGUUUUAUUUCCACUUGAGCCUGAUGAGUGAGAUUUUUGGUCCAUAUACUGGUGAAUAUAAUCAUUUAUAUCCGAGUAGGAAUACAUUCCAUCUGUAAAAGUAAUUGUUUGCCAAGUGGAACCAUCGUGAGUAUAUUUAAUUUUAUUAUUUUUAUAAUCACUUCUAAUAUUAUACCAAGAGUAAGUCAUAGAUAAUUUGUCAAGAGCAAGACUAUGUUUUUUUUCAGGGUCAAGUUUCAAAGAAGGAUUAAACUUAAUAGUAAAAUCACCGGGUUUGCUUGUUCCUCUUUUCUCCCUAUUUAUUGAAGAAAUAUGAAUAGCUCGUUCUUCCAUUUAUCUAAUUGUUAUAUAAGUUUUUAGUAAAUCGUUUAGUUGUUUUUUUGUAAUUACUUUCAUUUGGUUGAGAAGAUGUGCUAUUUGAGAAAACUCAUUUAUAACUCCAUUAUUCCCAGCAAGAAUUGAUCCACCGAGUAAUUCAAGUCUGUCUAAAAGUUGAUGUGGGUUGUUAAAGUAAACCAUUCCUUGUCCUAUUUUAUAAUCAAGCGAGCCUAAAUAAAGUUUAAGAAUGUUUUUGUAUUUAUGUAGUAAAUCUUUUUGCAUUUUAAUAUUUUCUAUUUUUUCUUUAUCCUCUUCUGUUUUAUGUUUUUUUCUAUUCAAACCAGCUAUUUCUCCUGUAAACAUUUUUACAUCAUUUUUUACUUCAUCAAAUAUUUCUCUGAGUAUUUUAGGGUUAGUAUCAAAAAAAUCAUUUGGCCUUGGAUAUUCCAACAUUUGUAAUAUUUCUAAAUCAACAUCGUCAAUAUUUUUUUCAAUGUUAUAACGUGUAGGUGAUUUUGCUUUAGACGUUGAUGGUUCUUCAUAAUCACCUUCCAAAGCUGGUAAUUCUCUCAUAUCAACUAAUUUGUUUAAUUGAUCAAAACCUUGAGUAAGAGCAAGUUGAUUAGCUUGAAGUUGAGCUAAAGUUUUAUUUUGUUGCUCAUCAAUACUUUUUUUAAUACUAUCUUGAGAUUUAAUAAGUGGUUUAAAUGUUUCUUUAAAACCCUCUCUCAUAUCUUGUUUUUGCCAUUUUGUUUCUUUUAUAACAUUUCUCACCUGUUUAGUUAAAGCAUCAGCCUCAAUUUUAUUUUUUGCAAGUUUUUUGUAUUCUUCAAUAUCCAUUUUAUAUAAUAAAUAUAUAACUAUUAUAUAAAAUGGAAAUACCAAAUUAUGAUAGUGUCGAUGAUCCGGAUAAAAAAUAUAAACAGUUAUUUCCUUACAUGCCAUCAGAUACUUUUAGAAUGUUAAUCUGUGGAAACAGUGGAAGUGGUAAAACUAAUUUGCUUUAUCAUAUGUUAAUUAAACCACUUUUAUACUAUGAUGAGAUUUAUCUUUACGCACGUAAUCUAGAACAGGAUAAGUAUCAAAAGUUAAUUCAAAAAAUGAGAGAAUUAAGUCAUAAAAUGGGAUAUGAAAUACUAAAUGUAAGUAAUGAUGAAAUAAUUCCAGUGACAGAAAUGGAAUAUGAGGAUAAUCAAAAACUUGUAAUAUUUGAUGAUUACGUUUGUGAUAAAAAUCAAAGAGAACUUAUUGAUUAUUUCAUCCAAGGUCGUCAUAAGAAUUGUUCUGUAAUAUACCUCAGUCAAUCAUUUUACAAAACUCCAAAGGAUAUUAGAUUAAAUUGUUCUCACUACUGUCUGUACGAAUUUCCAUCAUCGAGGGAAGCAAAUCGUAUAUCAUCAGAAUUAGGAGUUGAUAAAGAAACAUAUAGAACAGCAACAAAAAAACCAUUUACAUUUUUGUACAUUGAUAAGCCUAAAAAACGUAUUGCUAAAAACUUUACUAGUAGUCUAAACUAAUAAAUAAAAUGGGAAUAUUUAACGAACAAAAAGAUAACUCAUUUGCUAAAGGAAUUCAAGGAGCACCAGGAGUUGGAUUUAAUCUUACUUCUGAUGGUGAUUAUGAUAUGAUAAAUAAAAAAAUAAGAAAUGUUGGUUCACCAACUGCUAAUACUGAUGCUGCUACAAAGAAGUAUGUUGAUGAUAAUUCUAGCGGGGCACCCAAAACAUCAAGAUUAACAGUUGAUUCAAACAUUGAUAUGAAAGAUAGAUUUCGUAUUUUAAACCUUAAACAUCCAAAUGAUGCAGAUGAGCCAGCAACAAAACAAUAUGCAGACAGUAAUUUUCUUAACAGAGAUGGUUCACGAACAAUGAUUGGCAAUUUAAGUAUGAAUAAUAAUAAAAUAACUAAUGUUGGUAAACCAACAGCUAAUAAUGACGCAGCAAACAAAAAGUAUGUGGAUGAUAAACCCACCUCGACAACAAACCUAACAAUUGAUUCAAACAUUGAUAUGAGAAAUACAUACCGAAUUAAAAAUCUAAGCACACCACUGGAUGCAAAAGAACCUCCUACAAAAGAAUAUGUAGACAAUACAUUUCUUGAUAGAGAUGGAUCUUAUCCAAUGAAAGGUAAUCUUAACAUGGAUAAUCAUAGAAUUUUAAACCUACCAAUUCCAAUGGGUCCUAAACAACCAACACCAUUAGCCUUUACAGAUAUAAAGUAUCUACAUGUUGGUGGAACAAAUAAAAUGUUAAACUCACUUAACAUGAAUAAUAAACCUAUAAUUGGUCUAAGACCACCUUUUAACGAUACAGAUGCUGCAACCAAAAAGUAUGUUGAUGAUAAAGGAUUUACAACAGGUUAUUUUAAAAAAGAUGGAACGGAUUAUAUGAGAGGAAACUUAAAUAUGAACAAUAAAAAAAUUAUUAGAUUAAGUAAUCCAACCCAAGACAAUGAUGGUGUAAAUAAAAGUUAUGUUGAUAGUCUAAUUCAUCACACUGCAGUUCAACCAAGUCAUUACAACGAUCAAUUUACUUUUCUUAUGUCUAAUGCAGCACAAUGGACUGAUGAAAUAGAUACUGGAACUAGUUUUGUUAUAUCAAAAAUAGCAGACUUACCUCCUUCAAAAGGUAAUUUUCAUAGCUAUAACCACAAAGUAAUUUAUGUAAAAAUAAACAAAAAUUCUCAAGGUGGGUAUAAGUACAAAAUGUCAGUUAACUUUUACAGAUUAACCGCUAAUAUUGAUUACACACUAUGUUUGGAAAUACUAAACACUGACUAUCAACUUUGGCAUAAGUCUCAAAUAAGUGUAGACAAAGGAACUUCAUCAGGAUUAUCAAUUGAAAAUGUAAGUGUAAAAAAACUUAGUCAUAGUUAUAUAGAUGCAACAAAUCAAUCACAAUAUAUGUAUUACCAUAGAAUAAUAGUUAAUUUUAAAAAGUUGUCAACUGGUAAUAGGUUCUUUCUUCAUUUUCUGGUUAAUAUACCACAAGAAGGAAGUGACUUGUCUGUGUAUCCAAGUCAGUUUUCAGGAGUUUAUUUUGUUACUUAUGGUAUUGUGGGUAAAGUAAGCAAUAUCGAUCCAGAUAAAGUUUAUGACUAUCACACAGCAUUUGAUAUCAAACCAACAGAAGUUACAUACAAUGUUGACAUAAAUGCAAAUAAUAAAAAAAUAUUAAACAUUGAUCUUGAUAAAAAUAAUAAUAAUAGUGCAGCAACAGUUGGAAUGGUAAAUGAGUUUAAUACAGCAACAGUUGGAAUUGUAAAUAAAAAUUUACCUUUUAUAAAAAAUUAUGUAUAUAGAAAAUAUUUUGAACAUUUUUUUGACUUUAGCGAUUCAAACAAUUAUGUUAUAAAUAAAAAUUCAUUUGGUGUUGUGUUUAAUGCUUUGUCCUCUAUUACAGGAAAUUCUGCACAAAAUAUUACAUUUCCAAGUAAAACAAUGGAUAACAUAUUAGAAACUGGAUUAAGAAUAAAUGAUUAUAAGAUAUCUUUUAAACCACCAAUUAAAAAUACAAGUUACACUUUAUGUAUUGUUUUUUCUCAUUUUAAAAGAAAUAAUUUUCAUAUAAAAAAAUAUGAUGUGACUAAUGCAAAUUCAAGACAACAACUUUUAUUUUUAUACUAUUUAUAUGUAACUCGUGCACUAAACAUAAAUAUUGGUAGUGUAAGCAAAAAUUUAGCAAUACCAUCUAGUUUUAGUGGAAAAAAAAUAGUUUUAUGGUUAACAGAAAGUAUUAGUGAUAAUAUUACAAAAGUUAAUAUAAGUAACUAUUCCGCAGACUUAGACGCUAAUAUUGUAAGAACUUCAGCUAACCUUGAAUUUGAAUUUUCGUGUAAAGAUUCAGUGAUAGAAAAAUUUAUGUACUCUCCAAACUUUUACGACAUUGACUCUUCAGUACAUCAUCAUAUAUUACUACAAGAAAAGAUAAACGGAAAUUAUGUAUUAUAGACUAAACUAAGAUUAUAUACAUAAAAUAAUAAAAAUGAAAGAUAUUUUUGAUUUUAAUCACAUAGACCCAUCUCUAUCAAAAUCUGAUAUUAAAACAAUAAAAGAUUUUUACAGUUACUACCAUAAAAAAUAUUGGUGUUUUAAGAGGUCUUAUAAAUCUUAUAAAUUUCUUGAUAAUUUUUUUACAAUAUCUAGUAUAUGUUUGGUAUCAAUAGGAACUAUUACUGGGGGAAUAACACUUAAUCCUGUUAUUCUCGGAGUUGUAAAUGGAGCUGGUGUUAUUAUGACUGGAAUUGGAAAAAAACAAAAUUAUAAAAAAAAAAUUGAGAUGACAAAAAUUGCAUACACUACUUAUGAAAAAGUUCUUGUUGAACUUCGAGCUGUACUUAGAGGAGAUGAUUGGGAUAAACAAAAAUUUGUAGAUAGAAUGAAACUAAUAGAUGAUAUGAUAAUUGAUCAAACUCCUGAACCAGAUAAAUUUGAGAUUAAAUAUAAUAAUAAGUUUAAUAACUAGAUUCAAUAUAUAAAAAUGUUAAAAACUAUUGUUAAUUAUACCAACUUUUACUAUCCUACAAUUAAAAAUAUAAAUCAAACAGAAGAUAUUAUAAAAACAGCAUUGGUGUAUAGAUUUUUAUACGAACAUUAUGUAAAAGAUUAUAUUUCACUUGAAACAAUAAUAUAUCGUUUAGACUUACAACCUAUUAACUCUAAUAGUUCGAUAAUUAAAAAUCACUUGAUAUUUCAUAGAGCGUUUAAAUCUUUUUACAAACAUUACAAAUCUGGAAGAGGGUGUGUUUAUGUAUUUGAUUGUCCAGUAAAAAGUGAAGUACUUGGAUAUCUAACUGGUAUUUUAUAUUGGAUUUUUCAUAAAAGAAUAAUAUAAUUAUAAAUAAAAAAUGACUUCUUUAAUUAUUUUUAAAAAAGAUCUUGAAAAUCUUGGUAAAAAAUUAAUGUUAGAAAUUUAUGAACAUGUACAUGAUGAAUAUAUGUUAACUUAUGAAGAAGUAAAAAAAGAAAAAGAUUAUUAUGAAAAAAAUCUUGUUGAUGAAUUUUUAAAUUUUCACGAGCAAGAAGAAAAAAAAUUUAAAAAUUUAUAUUUUGAAAAUAAAAAAUAUGAAGAUUUAGUUAAAAUGCAGCAUGAAGAUUUAUUAAAAAAAAUAGAAGAUGAGAUUAAAAAUAAAACUCUUAAUGUUGAAAUAAUAUAUAGAGUUUUAGACGAUUUAAAAUUAGAUAAUGAGUUAAAUGAAGAUCUUUGGUAUAUGAAAAAAGCAUUUAUUAAUUUGUAUAAUGUGUAUCAUUACGAUUAUACAUAUUUAGAAGAUUAAAUUUUUUUAUACUACUUUAGUAUAAAAAAUUUAUUUUAUCAUUUCUUUAUAAGUUUCCCACCAUCUAUCAUAUUUUUCUAAAGUUUUAGGACUUAUUUUGUUAUUCAUUUUUUUACUUUUUUCAAUAUUAAUUUCAAGCAAAAAUUUUUUUAUCACAUAAUUAAUACUUAUCAUUCUCUUUCUAGAGUAGUUCUUGUUACAUUUUGAAACAAAUAAAUUAAAACUCAUCAACCUGUUAUAAAGUUUACAUUUUUCUUCAUCAGAAAGAUUUAUUAUUUUAGAAAUCUGAUCAAUCUUUUUAUUAAAGUAGUACUUCCUGUAAUAAAUACUUUUUUUUCUAUAAUGUACUCUAUCAUAAUCUUUCACAUCGUACAAACCUAAUACAUGACCGUUUAAUACUCCACAUUCACGACAUAUUCUUUGACCAAAAUAAAUAUCAAAAAAUUCUGUUUUUUUACAACAUUUACAUAAAGCUACUGUUGACUUAUCAUCCAAAUUUUUAUAAUUAUUUAUUAUGUUAAGAUAUUUUUUUAUUUCAUCUUCUGUAUAUGACAUUUAUUAUUUCUACUUGUUAAAUUUUAAAUCUAAUAUUUUUCUCUAAUAGCUAAAGUAUGUAUUUUAUCGUUUAAUACUUUUCUUUUAUCAUCUUGACAACUUAACGCCACUUUAUUAACCUCUUUAGAAUAUAUAUCAUGUUUCUCACUUUUUAUUAUUCUCAUAUUUCUCAUUUCUUUUUCACCAGAAAAUAAACAUCUAACAUAAUCAUCAAAUGUUAAUAACUUUUUCACCACAUUUUUUACUACUCCUUUACACUUUUUUAAUUCUUUUUCAUCCUCAAGUUUAUAGCUGUAUAGUUUAGGACGUAAUCCAACAAAAUGAGUUAUCUGUUUUCCUGAUGUUUCAUCUUUAAACUUGCCAAUUACUUUUUUGUUAACUCCUGUCAGUAUACCAGAAGGAUGAUCUGUUGGAUAAUCACUAGUAUCAAAUUUAUUUUUUACAUCAAGACAUAUAUCUUUAUAAAAAUCUUUUGUUUUAAUAUGGUACAUUAGACUGUCAGUAUCUGUAAACAACAAUUCAGCUUUCUGCCCAUAUUUAUUUUUGAUAUAAUUAUAAUGAAAAUCAAACAUUAAAGUUUUUGAUAAGUCUAAAAUUGCUUGACCAACAUAUACUGGUUUAUUAAAAUAAACUUCUGUCUUUUUCAUAUGAAUAGCAAUAAGAUUUGGAUCAAAUAUUGUACAUCUAUCAAAGUUUGGACGACUUGAUAAUUUUAGUGCUUUUUUACGAUCAUCAACAAGUACUAUAUUUUGUCUCUUCCUAAUAUUUUCUAUUGUUUUACCAAAAACUGAAUUGUUCAUUAGUUUAAAAAAGUCCUUCUCAAAAUUGUUUGUAGCACAUUUUCGAAGUUCUGUAUUUUUUCUUAUAUAUGGUUCCAUCCAAGGAGACUGGUAAAAUGAUAUUCCUCUGUGAACAGCAGUAAUUUUCAAACCCAACUCAAGACAUUGCCUAAGAGCUCUGUAAUGAAUAACAUAAUUUUUUCUUGGUUUAAAAUGACAUACCAGUUUUUCAACUUUAUCAACCUUUAUUGAUUCAGGUGCUAGAGGAUAGUCAUUAUGAAGAUCCCAUAAUUUUGGUGGAUACUCCAAAUCAACUUCAAAAAUAUACCCCUUCUUACCAGUAUUCACCAUACUAUUGUUAGUACUCUCUAAAAUUUCAAUAACCUUCUCUACUGUAAUAUUUUUCAUCCACUUAAAACCAUGUGUUGGUAAAUUUUGAGUCAUAGCCCAACCGUAAAGAUUGUUUGCGUCCAAAUAUUGUAUAAAAGAUGAUUUCUUUUCAGGUUCGUAAUUUUUCAUAUAUUUGUUAUUCGCUUCUGCAUACCUUUUUGAUAUGUGUGUUAUUCCUCCGCGAAUUCCACGCUCAAUCAUCAUUAACAUAUCGUAAUCACUUAAUAAUUCUAAACGCUGACUUGUUGUUUUUAAACAAGCAUCCCAAGCUAGACCUGGAGACGUAUAGUAAUGAGCUGGGUCUAAUUUGUAAUGUUUGAGACAAGUUUUUCUAAAGUUUUCAAACACAUCUGCUAGCAACAUAACAUCAGAUUUUAAAUAAAGAUCAUGAUAAUCUCUUAUUGUUUUACACCCAAAUGUAUUCCAGACUUUAAUAGCAUGUUGGUAAUCUUCAUCAGUUAUAUUUUCAUCAUUUAAUUUAGAAUAAAAUCCCUGUUUUGGAGGAAGUUGAGUUUCUGAUAAUUUAUCAAUUGAUGACACAUAAUCAUAAGGAAAAACUCCUUUACGAGUUAGUAAUUUUGUAUUAUUCUUAAAAGUUCUUUUUGUAUUAUGAAAAUCAUCUUGGUUUAAAUUUGAAACAAGAUUGGCUAGUGAUGUUUGCAUAAAUUUAAAUGAGUCUAUAAAUCUUAUUUCAAAAUUUAUUGGAAUAAUAUCACCAUUAAUAUGAUUGUACUCCCCUACUUUAAUAGUUUUAGAAAAUGAAAUAUAUUUUUCUUCAGUAGAUGGUAUACAACUAAGACUACCUUCUAUUUUAGCAAGUUGUUUAAUAAAUAAAUGAGCAUCAUAACCUUGAAGAUUAUGAAGUAUAACUGGUAAUAUUCUUGGUUUUUUACACAUAAGAUUACAUUUGUUAUGUGCUGCACCACGGUACUCACCUGUAAAAUGAGAAUGAUCUCUAACUCUAUCACAUCCUAAUUCACCACCACAAAUAUAGCAAUUAACCGAAUUAUUAAAAUCUUCAAUAUUUUUUUUACACAUUACUAAAGGUUUUGGUUUACAAUAAAAAUCUUCAUAUAUUCCUUUAGUAAUUUCUGUAAGUUUUUCUACAAAUAUUUUAGAAAUAUCUUCAUCAUCUGAUUGUUUUGUAUAAAUGAUUGGUUUAAUUCUUUUAUUUACAACACCUUUUACAUAAAAACAAAAUCCUGAUGGUUCGUGUUUUUGAUAGUUAUAGUUGUAAGAAUCUUUAGGAUUGGGAGAACAGCUAUUCAUUGGUUUAGUAAAACAUUCAAAAUCUGCAUAUACAACAAAAGGAAUGGGAAGUUGUUUAUCAUAAUUAGUAAAAUGUAAAGUUUUGUUUUUUUCUGGCAUUUUUACAAAUGCUGAUUUAUUACUAGAACAAUAUUUGAUGUGUUUAUCUAAUAAUUCUGGUUUUGUAAAAUAACAAAGACAUCUCUUUCACUCAUUACUAAAGGUUUUGGUUUACGAUAAAAAUCUUCAUAUAUCCCUUUAGUCAUUUCUGUAAGUUUUUCUACAAAUAUUUUAGCAAUAUCUUCAUCUUCUGACCUUUUUGUAUAAAUAAUUGGUUUAAUUUUUUUAUUAACAAUACCCUUUGCAUAAAAACAAAAUCCUGAUGGUUCAUGUUUUUGAUAAUUAUAGUUAUAAGAAUCUUUAGGAUCAGGACUACAACUAUUCAUUGGUUUAGUAAAACAUUCAAAAUCUGCAUAUACAACAAAAGGAAUAGGAAGUUGUUUAUCAAAGUUAGUAAAGUGUAAAUAUGUUUUUGGAUCUGGCAUUUUUACAAUUGCUGAUUUAUUACUAGAACAAUAUUUUAUGUGAUUAUCUAACAAUUCUGGUUUUGUAAAAUAACAAAGACAUCUCUUACAAAUUUGUGUAGGCUCAUAUGUUCUUGAAGUAAUUUGACUACGUACAAGGCGGGAAAAGUUUUUAAUUAGUGAAUAAUGAAAUUUACCAUCUUCUUCAUACAAAAAUAAAUCAAUGGUAUUUUUACAAUCUUUUUCAUUCAUUUUCAAAGGAUAAAUAGUAUAUCCAUCAUUUGAAAAAACAUUUACACCUGGAAGAUUUGGAUUAAGUUUUUCAAAUUUGUUAAUGUCUUUUACCCUCAUAGGAAAUGUAAUUCCUUUAGUGAUAAGAUCAUUUUCAUACUUUUUCAAAUCUGUAAAUCGACUAUCAUUCUUUUCUCUUGGAUGAAGAUAACGAAGUACUGACCAAAUAAAACAUUUAUUAUCUUUAUUUCGAAUACUAACAAUUGCUUUUUUUUUCAUAAUCCAAUCUGGAAGAGGAAUAUAAGAAGAACCUUUCAUUGGUUUCAAUUCAUUUGUAUGAAUAUCUAAUUGUACAAUUUCUUUAAAAUACCACCCACUACCAUUUUGUUGAUAAACAGCUAUUUUUUCACUAAUCUCUUUAUAACUAAUUCUUAAUAUAUCUUCUUCAUCAGUUGAUUUAAAAUUAUUAAAAGUACUAGAAUUAAAAUACGUUUUAUCUUGAAUAUAAAAAUAUUUAUCAUCAUCUUUUUCUCUUUUUUCCAUAAGACAAACUAAAACAAACCUUAAUUUAGUAUUACGAUGAUUUUUAAUAAAAUUUUUAAUAGUAUAAUUAUAAUAGUCAAAAAACUGAUAGGGUAAAUAACCUACUUUACCUUUUAUAAUAUAUUUUUUAGCAAAUUCGUCUAAAGCUGAUUUCUCAACUUCAAUUCCUUCUUCAUACUCUUUCAUAGCUCUCUCAAGAGCUUUUCGUAAAUAAACUGGAGUAUCUUUAGGAAUCUUUUUAUUUUUUAUACAUUCCUCAAAAUAUUCCUCAAAUGAUUUUAUCUUUUUUGGUUUAACUUUUGGUUUAAUUUUACCUUGUUUAAUUUUAUUUCCAAUAUCUCUCACUUUCUUUAUUUCUGCAAUCACUUUCAUCUUUUUUUCCAAUUCCUUAUAAUCUUUCUUAACUUUUUGUUUAUCCUGUGAUAAAAUUUUUUUUAAUUCGUCCAAAGACAAACUCAUAAGUUGUUUAUUUGUAGAUGAUUUAGACAUGACUUUUAUUAUUUGUUUAUUUUAUUUUUCUUAAAUCAAAUUUAUUUUUUCUGGUUCAAUAUCUCUAUCACUUAUUUAUUAUUGUGUAGUAUAGUAAAUGUUGACAUCUGCGUCACUUCACUUAUUUUCUGAUAUCUUCGAACAAAGAGCGACUACUUGAGAACGAAUGGAAUGAGUGAGUGAGCGAAGCGAACGAAUGAAUGAAAUGAGAGAACAACAGGAGCGACUUUGUGAGAUGAUUCAGAAAAUAAGUGAAGUGACGCAGAUGGCAACAUUUACUAUACUACUCCAGCAUAGUUCUCAGUAAACCCUGUUUGUGACAAUUGUCAACAUAAUUCUGAUAGUGUAAGAGUAGACUUAGUAAAUUUCUUCCAAAUAUCUAAAUUCUGAUUAUUAUUUAUACAAAAAAUUUAAAUCUAAAUAAAAUCCUUCCAAACAUUUGCAUUCUGAAUGUCUUUCUUCAAAGCAAUAGUUUUAAAAAUUCUGCAUAAAAUUUUUCCAAACAUUUGACUGACCUCACACUUCCAAACAUUGGUAUUCUAACCUAAUCCUUCCACCAUUGGAAUUAAGACUUUUUUCUUCAAAACAUGGCAAUUCUGAUUUCAUCCUUCCCAAGAUUCUGUUCUUAUCAUUUUAUAACUUGACACUUUGACCUUAUCCUUCUUAUCUUGGCUUUAUCCUUUCAAAGGUAGAAAUUCAGAACUUAUUCUUCCAAACAUUGAAAUUCUGGCGUUUUAUCCGUCAAAACAUUUUUAUUCUGACCUUAUCCUUCCAAACAAUUAAAAACUGGCCUUGUCCGUCCAAACAUUGAAAUUAUGGCCUUAUCCAUCCACACAUUGCAAUUCUGACCUUAUCCUUCCAAACAACGGAAUUCAGGAGUUAUCCUUUCAACCAUUGGAAUUGUCACCUUCCUUGUUUAAACAUUCGAAUUGUGACCUUUUCCUUCAAAACUUUGGAAUGGUGACCUUAUCCGUCAAACCAUUGUUAUUCUAGUCUUAUCUGUCCAAACAAUGCCAUUCUGACCUUAUCCUUUAAAUCAUCUGAAUUCUACCCUUUUGCGUCCAAACACUUGAAUAAUGACCUUAUUUUUCCAAACGUUGGAAUUCUGACCUUAUCCUUCCAAACAUUGCAAUUUUAACCUUCGUCGUCCAAACAUUGGAAAUGUGCCCUUAUCCGUCUCCGGCCUUAUUUGUCCAAACACUGGAAUUCUGACAUUCUCCUUCGAAACACUGGUAUUCUGGCCUUAUCCUCCGAAACAUGGGAAUUCCGACCUUAUGCAUCCAAUCACUCCAAUUCUGACCUUAUGAGUCCAAACCUUAGAAUUCUGGGCUUAUCGGUCCAGACAUAAGAAUUCUAGCCUUAUCUGUCCAAUCUUUGUAAUUCUGGCCUUAUUUCUCCAAGCAUUGGAAUUCUAGCCUUAUCUGUCGAAACAUUGGAAUUCUGGCUUUAUCUGUCCAAACAUUGGAAUUCUGACAUUCUCCUUCGAAACACUGGUGUUCUGGCCUUAUUCUCCGAAACAUGGGAAUUCUGACCUCAUGCAUCCAAUCACUCCAAUGCUGACCUUAUCUGUCCAAACAUUGAAAUUCUGACCUUAUCUUUCCAAACAUUGGCAUUCUCGCCUCAUCUAUCCAAACAUUAGAAUUCUGGCUUUAUCUGUCCAAACAGUGCAAUUCUGGCCUUAUCCUUCCAAUCAUUGGAAUUCUGACCUUAUCUGUCCAAACAUUGAAAUUUUGACCUUAUCUGUCCAAAGACUGGAAUUCUGACCUUAUCUGUCCAAACAUUGGAAUUCUGGCCUUAUCUCUCCAAACAUUGUAAUUCUGACCUUUUCAGUCCAAACAUUAGAAUUUUGGCCUUAUCCUUCCAAACCUUAGCAUUCUGGCCUUAUCGGUCCAGACAUAAGAAUUCUGGCCUUGUCUGUCCAAUCUUUGUAAUUCUGGCCUUAUUUGUCCAAGCAUUGGAAUUCUAACCUUAUCUGUCGAAACAUUGGAAUUCUGGCUUUAUCUGUACAAACAUUGGAAUUCUAGCCUUAUCUAUUCAGACAUUGGAAUUCUGGCCUUAUCUGUUCAAACAUUGAAAUUCUGACCUUAUCUGUCCAAACACUGGAAUUCUGACUUUAUCUGUCGAAACUUUGGAAUUCUGACCCUAUCUGUCCAAACGUUGGAACUUUGGCCUCAUCUGUCCAAACAUUGUAAUUCUGACCUUAUCAGUCCAAACAUUAGAAUUUUGGCCUUAUCCUUCCAAACAUUAGAAUUCUGGCCUUAUCGGUCCAAACACUGGAAUUCUGACUUUAUCUGUCGAAACAUUGGAAUUCUGACCCUAUCUGUGCAAACAUUGGAAUUCUGGCCUUAUCUGUGCAAACAUUGGAAUUCUCACCUUAUCUGUCCAAUCAUUAGAAUUCUGGCCUUCAUUGUCCAAACUUUGGAAUUCUGACCUUAUCCCUCCAACUAUUCUAAUUCUGACCUUAUCCUUCCAAACAUUGGAACCAUUGGCAUUCUGGCCUUAUCUGUCCAAAUAUUGGAAUGCUGACCUUAUCUCUGCAGACAUUGGAUUUGUGCCCUUAUCUGUCCAAACAUUAGAAUUCUGACAUUCUCCGUCCAACCAUUGUAAUUCUGACUUUAUCCUUUCAAACAUUGGAAUUCUGACCUUUUUUAUCCAAACAUUGGAGUUCUGGACUUCUCUGUCCAAACAUUGGAAAUCUGACCUUAUCCGUCAAAACAUUAGAAUUCUGGCCUUAUCUCUUGAAACGUUGGAAUUCUGGCCUUAGCUUUCGAAACAUUAGAAUUCUGACCUUAUCUAUCCAAACACUACAAUUCUGGCAUUAUCUGUCCAAAUAAUGGUAUUGUGAUCUUAUCCUUUCAAACAUUGGAAUUCUGAUGUUAUCUUCCCAAAGAUGGAAAUGCUGACGUUAUUUCUCCAAACAUAAGAAUUCUUCCCCUAUCUGUCCAAACAUUGAAAUUCAGGCCUUAUCCUUCCAAACAAUGGAGUUCUGACCUUAUCCCUCCAAACAUUGGAAUUCUGGUCCUAUCCUUCCAAACAUUGGAAUUCUGACCUUAUCUUUCCGAACAUUGGAAAUCUUACCUUAUCCUUCCAAACAAUGGAGUUCUGACCUUAUCCCUCCAAACAUUGGAAUUCUGGUCCUAUCCUUCCAAACACUGGAAUUCUGACCUUAUCUUUCCGAACAUUGGAAAUCUUACCUUAUCUGUGCAAACAUUGGAAUUCUGACCUUAUCUUUCCAAACAUUGGAAUUCUGAUUUUAUCGUUCCAAACAUUGCAAUUCUUAUCUUAUCCGUCCAAAAAUUGGAAUUCUGACAUUAUCCUUCCAAACACUGGAAUUCUGACCUUACAUUUCCAAACAUUGAAAUUCAGUUUUUAUCUUUCCACACCUUGGAAUUCUUACCUUAAGCGUCCAAACUUUGGGAUUGUGACCUUAUCCUUCCAAAUACUGGAAUUGUUGCCUUAUCGGUCUAAACAUUGGAAUUCUGAUUUUAUGUUUCCAAACCUUAAUUCUGACCUUAUCUUUCCAAAAAUUGGAGUUCUGACCUUAUUCUUCCAAACGCUGGAAAUGUUACCUUAUCCGUCGAGACACUGGAAUUCUGACCUAUCUUUCCACACAUUGGUUUUCGAACCAUAUCUUUCCAAACAUUGGAAUUCUGGCUUUAUCUGCCCUUACUUUGGAAUUCUAAUCUUAUCCGUCUGAACAUUGGAACUCUGACCUUAUCUUUCCAAACAUUGAAACUCUAACCUCGUCUUUCCAAAGACUGGAAUUCUAACCUUAUCCUUCCAAACACUAGAAAUCUUUCCUUAUCUGUCUAAACAUUGGAAUUCUGACCUUAUCUUUCCAAACAUUGGUAUUCUAACCUUAUCCUUCCAAACAUUGGAAUUCUGAUCUUAUCCUUCCAAAUACUGGAAUUCUUGCGUUAUCUGUCCAAACAUUAUAAUUUUGAUUUUAUCUUUCCAAACAUUUGUAUUCUGGCGUUAGCUGUCCAAACAUUAGAAUUAUUACCUUGUCUGUCCAAACCUUAAAAUUCUGACCUUAUCCUUCGAAACAUUGGAAUUCUAAUCUUAUCUGUCUGAACACUGGAAUUCUGACCAUAUCCGUCCAAAUAUUAGGAUUUUGGCCUUAUCCUUCCAAACACUGGAAUUGUGGCCUUAUCUUUCCAAACAUUGGAAUUCUGACCCUGUGCAUCCAAACAUUGGAAUUCUGGCCGUAUCUGUCCCAACAUUAGAAUUCUGACCUUAUCUUGCCAAAAAUUGGAAUUCUGAUUUUAAUUUGCUAUACAUUUGAAAUCUUACCUUAUCUGCGAAAACACUGGAAUUGUUACCUUAUCCGUCAAAACACUGGAAUUCUGAUUUUCUCUUUCCAAUUACUGGAAUUUUGGCCUUAUCUGUCCAAACAUUGGAAUUCUGACCUUAUCCUUCCAAACAAUGGAAUUGUGACCUUAUAUUUCUAAACACUGGAAUUCAGUCCUUAUCUUUCCACACGUCGGAAUUCUUAUCUUAUCCGUCCAAACCUUGGAAUUCUGACCUUAUCUUUCCAAAUAUUGGAAUUCUGGCCUUAUCUUUCCAAACAUUAGAAUUCUUAUCUUAUCCUUUCAAUUACUGGAAUUCUUGUGUUAUCGGUCUAAGCAUUGGAAUUCUCAUUUUAUAUUUCUAACCAUUAGAAUUCCCUCCUUUACUGUUCAAAAAUUGGAAUUCUGACCUUAUCUUUCCAAACAGUGAAAUUCUGUUGUUUUCCUUCCAAACAUUUGAAAUCUUACCUUUUCUGUCCAUACAAUAGAAUUUUGACCAUAUCUUUCCACACAUUGGUAUUUUAACCUUAUCUUUUUGAACAUAGGAAUUCUGGCUUCAUCUGUCCUAACAUUGGUAUUCUGAUCUUAUCCGCCCAAACAUUGAAAUUCUGAGCGUAUCCUUCCAAACACUGGAAAUCUUACCCUAUCGGUCCAAACAUUGGAAUUCUAACCUUAUCUUCCAAAACACUGGAAUUCUGACCUUAACCUUCCAAACAUUGGAAAUCUUACUUUAUCUGUCCAAACAUUGGAAUUCUGACCAUAUCUUUCCAAACUUUAGAAAUCUUACUUCAUCUGUCCAAACAUUGGAAUUAUGACCUUAUCUUUCCAAACAUUGGAAUUCUAACCUUAUCCUUCCAAACAUUGGAACUUUGAUCUUAUCCUUCCAGACCUUGGAAUUCUGGGCUUAUCUGUCCAAACGUUGGAGUUCUGACGGUAUCCGUCUAAACAUUACAAUUCUGGCCUUAUCCCUCCAAACAUUGCAAUUCUCGUCUUAUUUGUCCAAACAUUGGAAUUCUGACCUUAUCCUUCCAAAAAUUAGAAUUCUGGCCGUAUCUGUCCAAGCACUUAAAUUCUGACUUUAUCUCUCCAAAGAUUGGAAUUCUAACAUUAUCGGCCCAAACAUUCAAAUUCUAGUUUUAUCUUUCCAAACAUUGCAAUUCUGAGUUUAUCUUUCCAAACAUUGGAAUUCUGGCCUUAUCCUUCCAAACACUGGAAUUCUCACCGUAUCUUACCAAAUACUGGAAUUCUCGCCUUAUCCUUCCAGACAUUGGAAAUCGUACCUCCUCUGUCCUAACAUUGGUAUUCUGAUCUUAUCUGUCCAAACAUUGAAAUACUGACCAUAUCCUUCCAAACAUAUGAAAUCUUUCCCUAUCUGUCCAAACAUUGGAAUUCUAACGUUAUCUUUCCAAACACUGGAAUUCUGACCUUAUCCCUCCAAACAUUAGAAAUCUUACUUUAUCUUUCCAAACAUUGGAAUUCAGUCCUUAUCUUUGCACACCUUGGAGACUUUGUACCUGAUCCGUGCAAACAUUGGAGUUCUGACCUUAUCUUUCCAAACAUUGGAAUUCUGACCUUAUCGUCCCAAGCACUGGAAUUCUGGCCUUAUCUGUCCAAACCAUGGAAUUCUCACUUUAUCUUUCCAAACAUUAGAAUUCUGGCCUUAACUGUCUAAAGUUUGGAAUUCUGACCUUUUCUUUCCAAACAUUGAAAUUUUGACCUUAUCCUUCCAACCACUGGAAUUCUGGCCUUAUCUGUCCAGUAAGUAAGUAUUCUGAACUUAUCCGUUCAAACAUUGGAAUUCUAACCUUAUCCUUCCAAACAUUGGAAUUCUAAAGAUUGGAUUUGUGGUCUUAUCCUUGUAAACAUUAGAAUUCUGACCUUUUCCGUCCAAAGAUUGGAAUUCUAACCUUAUUCUUUCAAGCAUUGGACUUCUGGCUUUACCUAUCCAAACAUCGGAAUUCUGACCUUAUCUUUCUAAACAUAGGAAUUCUCUCCUCAUCCUUCCAAACAUAGGAAAUCUUACCCUAUCUGUGCAAAUAUUGGAAUUCUGACAUUACCUUUCCAAACAUUAUCAUAUCCAUCAACACAUUGGAAUUAGUUUUUUUGUCUUUCCAAAAAUUGGAAUUCUGGCCUUAUGUGUCUAGACAUUGGAAUUCUGACCUUAUCUUUCCAAAAAUUGGAAUUCUGACCUUAUCCUUCCAAGCACUGGAAUUCCGGCUUUAUUUGUCCUACGAUUUGAAUUUUGAUCUUAUCCGUCCAAAGAUUGGAAUUCUGACCUUAUCCUUCCAAAUAUAUUGGAAUUCUGGCCGUAUAUGUCGAAACAUUAGAAUUCUGACCUUAUCCUUCCAAACACUGGAAUUUUGGCCUUAUCUGUCCAAACUCUGGAAUUCUGAUCUUAUCUUUCCAAACAUUGGCAUUAUGGCCUUAUCCUUCCAAACAUUGGAAUUCUGGUUUUUCCCUUCCAAACAAUGGAAUUCUGACUGUUAUAUAUUAAAGCUGUUGCCGAUAGCAACGCGUCCUCUAAAUUCCCUGAAGGGUACUUUUGCAUUCGAGCACAAUGUUUAAAAUUCAGUUUGAGCUUUCAGUUGACAGGAAGAGAAGAAUUGAGAUAUAGAAACCGAAGACCCAGAGACAAUUCACGCUAGUGUAAGUAGUUUUUUUCCACGUGUUUUUCAUCUUGUUGCGAAUUUCUCAUUAGGAUAUUUGGCGUUUUUCCUUUUUCAACGAAUCAUCCUGUUAAUCAUUCUGUUAAUGCUUGUAAUGUAGAAGUGAAAAGAGGUAGCCCGAUUGUGAUGCGUGAAUGGUGAAUAAACUUAAAUCGUUAGAAAAUACUGAGACACUGAGUAUCAAAUGAAUCUUCAAGAGCAGCGAAAUGAUGACAACAUUAUUCGACUAGUGGAACAGGAGAAAGAUCCUGAAGGUCCUGCCUGUGACGAAAAUAUGGAAGAAUCAGCCAAGGAAUUUGAAGAUUGAUAGAAAUCCCUUGCUGGCUUGCUCGGUCAAAUGAACUCAUGGAUGAGGAACGCAAAUGCGUGCAUCGCGGAUAAGACAGUCGGCGACUUAGAGAGUGUUCGAAAGGAAUUUAUGAGAAUUAUCGUGAAGAACUUGCCAGAGGGCGAACUUGAGCGGUGCCAAUAAGAAUAAAAAGCCCAAACACGACCCUGAGCAGGGCGGGAAAAAAGAACCACUAGGGGAGGGGUGCAAGACGCCUACGCUGCUCUAAGGACCAUGAGCUUGCUGAGUGUGAGCAAUUUAUAUCUGAUGAAAUUCUAGCUCGGUUGGAUAUAGUUAAGCGGAACAAAUUGUUGCAUGUCUGUUUGAAAUCGGGUCAUAUGCGAGGUCGGUGUGAAUCGAGAAUCUUUUGCAGUUCUGGAAGUGACAGGAUCCCCAUCUGGACAGACAAAGGGAGAUACAGGCAGCACAGGCCGACAUCCAGUACAAGGAUCAAGGAACGCAAUUUCCUCAAAAUCCAAGAGCAAUGGAACAGUACGCAACCAUCACAGAAGCUCGUUCAAGAACUGUUUUACUGCGCGUUGUGCAAGUUAAAAUAAUAGUGCCGAGUGGUUCUUCACUAACAACUUACGCAUUACUAGACAAUGCCUCUCGAGGAACUAUUAUCAGCAAGAUAACAGUCAAACAAACAGUCUGGGUUUAAAAGGACUGCUACAGCUUGUGUGCGUGAACACUGUUGUAGAGAAAACGAGCUACCCUUUCCAGUUGGUGCGCGUAGAGUUGCAGUCAGCUACAGGGACAGGAGAAAUUAUCAAAGUGGAAGAGGGGCUAGUGUCAGAAAAGUUCAAUAUACCAGAAAGGUGUCUUCCUGAGGACAUUGAUAACAGUUGCUAUCCCCACCUGAAAGAUAGAUAUUCCCGAGGUUCAGGACAAGCUUUCUCCGUUCUCAUAGGAAAGGAUGUAGAUUAUGCUCAUGAGGUGUUCGAAGUCCAAAAGCCUAGCUCACCUGACAACCAUCUGAAGACGGUACGAGGCCCUCUGGGUGAGUUGUAACUGGAGUGGUUGCGGGACACCCUACCUCCAAGGAGAUCAGUGUGAACUUUACAAACUGCAAAAAGAAACUGUGUGAAUUAGUUGAAGCUUUUCGAGUGAGCACGUGGAUAAGGGACGCAAAUACGUGCGUCGCGGAUAAGAGAAUUGGCGACUUAGAGAGUGUUCAAAAGGAAUUUAUGAGAAUUAUAUCGUGAAGAACUUGCCAGAAGGUGAACUUUAUCGUGUGAAAGACAGGUACACAGAAAUAGUAGUUCAGUAUGAAGAAUGCACAUUAUUAAUGAUUGUUUAAUGCAAAUGAAGAAAACGAGCACUAAAGGAAAGUCAGUUAAAUCACCACCUUCUUUGAAACGAUCAAGAUUAAAAGAUUUAAGAGGGGAUAUCGAAAUGAAAAAGUUAAUAUCAGAGCAAGAGCAAGAACUGGGACAAUUUGAACUUGAGAUGGAGAGAAAGAAAAUUGAACUGGAAUUUGAAUAGAAGAAAAGAGCAUGCGAACUAAAAUUUCCGAUGCAAAUAGCCGAGAAAGAGACCCAGCUUUUAGAAGAUGAUAGGAGCGAUAGCAGCAGCCAACGCGGUCUGGGGAGUAAAAGUGGUUUUGAGUUUCUACCGACAAUGAGUGAUGAAGAAAAAAUUGAAAAAUGGAGAGCGAGCUGUGCCAAUAAAAAUAAAAAGCCCAAACACGACCCCUGAGCAGGGCGGGAAAAAAGAACCACUAGGGGAGGGGUGCAAGAUGCCUAAGAAUGAAGCUCAAAGGGACAAGCUCAUUGUUGAGGGUAACUAGACUUCAGCUAUCCUGCUAAAGCUAACAAUGCUUCAGGGAAUGCACCCUAUUAAAUUCUCAAGAAACCCAAGUGAUUACCCAACCUUCAGAAACAGACUUCGAGACAAUUUCGAGGAUGGAAUCUUGAAUGAUAGUCAGAAAUUAGAAUUUCUUCCCACGUUUUUGUCCGGCAAAGCAUAUAAAGUACUCGAGAGAGUCUCGGGAUGUUCUUACGAUUCAGUCCUAAGAAUGUUACACGAGCGCUAUGGUCAGCCAGCCGCUGUCCCUGCCACGUGAAGAGAAAGUUUGACAAAGGGGCCGAAGCUGCAGAAUAAUGACUUUACUGGUUUACUUAAUUUCGCUGAGCAACGCGAGGCUGCCUCAAAGAAACUUUCCAGGCAUUAUGAAGUAGAAGCUAGUACAAUGGCGAAAAGGAGACAAAUAGUUACGCUCUUACCGAACUAUCUAGUAAAUAAACGCGGAAAAGUUUUAUACAGCAUUCGGGAAAAGGGAAGAAUCCCAUGGCUGUCAGAUCUUUCAAAGUUUGUCAGGCGGCAAUUAAGAAUGAUCCGUGAUUUGCCGCUGAAAAGAAGCCGGAGAGGCAAAACGGAAUGAGUAUCAAGGGGCCGACUUCGAAUUCAAGAGGGCACAGUAACACGUUUCAUACAGACCUCAAAGCCAGAAGCUUAAGCGUUAAUUAUCAGAACCCUGAGAAACGCAACCUUAGGCGAUGCUUGCGCUGCUCUAAGGACCAUGAGCUUGCUGAGUGUCCGCAAUUUAUAUCUGAUGAAAUUCAAGCUCGGUUGGAUAUAGUUAAGCGGAGCAAAUUGUUGCAUGUCUGUUUGAAAUCGGGUCAUAUGCGAGGUUGGUGUGAAUCGAGAAUCUUUUGCAGUUCUGGAAGUGACAGGUGACACCACAGAUUGUUGCAUAAUCCGUUUAGACUAAGAGACGCUAUUACUGCACAGGAUCCCCAUCUGGACAGACAAAGGGAGAUACAGGCAGCACAGGCCGACAUCCAGUACAAGGAUCAAGGAAUGCAAUUUCCUCAAAAUCCAAGAGCGAUGGAACAGUACGCAACCAUCACAGAAGCUCCUUCAAGAACUGUUUUACUGCACGUUGUGCAAGUUAAAGUAAUAGCGCCGAGUGGUUCUUCACUAACAACUUACGCAUUACUAGACGAUGCUUCUCGAGGAACUAUUAUCAGAAAGAUAACAGUCAAGUGAACAGUCUGGGUUUAAAAGGACUGCUACAGCUUGUGUGGGUGAACACUGUUGUGGAGAAAACGACGUAACAUUUCCAGUUGGUGCGCUUCAAGAUGCAGUCAGCUACAGGGACAGGAGAAAUUAUCAAGGUGGAAGAGGAGUUAGUGUCAGAAAAAGUUCAGUAUACCAGAAAGGUCUCUUCCUGAGGAAAUUGAUAACAGUUGCUACCCCCACCUGAAAGAUAUAGAUAUUCCCGAGGUACAGGUCAAGGCUGUCUCCGUUCUCAUAGGAAAGGAUGUAGAUUAUGCUCGUGAGGUGCUCGAAGUCCGAAAGCCUAACUCACCUGACAAGCGUCUGAAGACGUUGCGAGACCCUCUGGGGUGAGUUGUAACUGGAGUGGUUGCGGGACACCCUACCUCCAAGGAGAUCAGUGUGAACUUUACAAACUGCAAAAAGAAACUGUGUGAAUCAGUUGAAGCUUUCUGGAAGUUAGAAGCCUUUGGUAGGCAAGGUGCCCCCUGAAGUUGAGAGGGCGAACAAGUUAACAGGCUAUCAACACCGCAUAACUGGUCCAUGGAAGAUAUGCGCACAGUUGAAACUUUGCAAAGCACCACUAGGUUGUCUGACGGGCGUUUUGAGACAUGUCUGUUGUGGCGUAAUGAAGAUGUCUGGUUACCCAACAACCAUUGUGAAGCAAAGAGGAGAAAGUGCAGCCUGAAAAGGAGAGUCUCUAGAGACCUGGAUUUCAAGCAGAGAUACUGUGCGGUGAUGAAGGAAUACAUUGGCAAGGGUUAUACCUGUAAGCUCACACCGGAAGAAGCUGAUCACCUAAGCAAAAAAGGUGGCAGCAAGCACAAUUGCUUGCCAAUCACUAUUGGAGACACUGGCUUAAAGAGUACGUACCAACUUUGCAGGAGAGACCAAAGUGGCAACAGGGAAAAGGGAGCCUUCACGUCUGAGACAUUGUUCCGGUGGCUGAUGAUAACAUGGCAAGGAACCAGUAGGCCUUGGGACAACUCAAAAACUUGUUUCCCGGAGCGGAUGGAUUGAUGAGGACUGUGAAAGUGUGGGCAAAGGGAGCAACACUUAAACUUAAAGGACCAGUGACCAAGUUGUGCUAAUUAGAAGGAGUAAAUGAUGAAUAGGGAUGAACUUUAAAGAACAUUGUGUGAACCUAAACGAAAUCGGUUGCCAAUAGCAACGCAUCCCCUAAAUUCCCUGACGGGUACUUUCGCAUUCAAGUGUGAUGUUUAAAAUUCAGUUUGAGCUAGCAGUUGACAUGAAGAGAAGAAUAAUGAGAUAUAAAAACCGAAGACCCGGAGAAAAUUCACGCUUGUGUAAGUACUUUUUUCCAAGAGUUUUUCAUCCUUUAGCAAAUUUCUCAUCAGGAUAUUUGCCUUUUUCCUUUUUCCACGAAUCUUUCUGUUAGUCAGUCUGUUAAUGCUCAUAAUGUAGAAGUGAAAAGAGGCGAGCCCGAUUUCGACACGUGAAAAGUGAACAAACUUGAAUUGUUAGAAAAUACUGAGACACUGAGUAUUGCCUCCUCUGUCCAAACAUUGGAAUUCUGACCUUAUCCUUCCAAAGAUUGAAAUUCUUCCUCUAUUUGUCCUAACAUUGAAAUUCUUACCUUACCUUUCCAAACAUUGGAAUUCAGACCUUAUCUUUUUGCACCUUGGAAUUUUUACCUUAUCCGUCCAAACAUUAGCAUUCUGACCUUAUCCUUCCAACUACUGGAAUUCUGGCCUUAUCUGUCCAAACAAUGGAAUUCUUAUUUUAUCUUUCCAACAUUAGAAUUCUGGCCUUAACUGUCCAAACAUUGGAAUUCUAACCUUAUCCUUCCAAACAUUGAAAUUCUGGCCUUCUCUGUCCUAACAUUGAUAUUCUGAACUUAUCCGUCCAAACAUUGGAAUUCUGACCUUAUCUUUGCAAAUAUUGGAAUUCUAACCUAAUCUUUCAAAACCUUUAAAUUUUUACCUUAUCAAUCCAAACAUUGGUAUUCUGACCUUAUCUGUCCAAACAUUGGGAUUCUGACAUUAUCCUUCCAUACAUUGAUAUUUUGGCCUUAUCUGUCCGAAGACUGGAAUGCUGAAUUUAUGUUUCCAAACAUUGGAAUUCUGGGCUUAUCCGUUCAUCCGUUCCUUCCAAGCACUGGAAUUCUGCCUUUAUCCUUUGAAACAUUGGAACUCUGACCUUAUCCUUUUACACAUUAAAAAUGUGGCCUUAUGUGCCCAGACAUUGAAAUUCUGAUCUUAUCCGUCCAAACAUUGGAAUUCUGACCUUAUCCUUCAAAACACUGGAAUUCUGGCCUUAUUUCUCCUAAAAUUAGAAUUCUGAUCUUAUCCUUCAAAACAUUGGAAUUCUGGCCUUGUCUGUCCAAACAUUGAAAUUCUGACCUUAUCCGUCCAAACAUUAGAAUUCUGACCUUAUCCUUCCAGAGAUUGGAAUUCUGGUCUUAUCUGUCCUAACAUUGAUAUUGUGAACCUAUCCGUCCAAACAUUGAAAUUCUGACCUUAUCUUUGCAAACAGUGGAAUUUUAAGCUUAUCUUUCAAAACCUUUGAAUUCUUACCUUAUCAAUCCAAACAUUGGAAUUCUGACCUUAUCUGUGCAAACAUUGGGAUUCUGACCUUAUCUUUCCAUACAUUGAUAUUUUUGGCCUUAUCUGUCCAAACAUUGGAAUUCUGAAUUUAUGUUUCCAAACAUUGGAAUUCUGGGCUUAUCCAUUCAAAGCUUGGAUUUCUCUUCUUAUCCUUCUAAGCACUGGAAUUCUGGCUUUAGCCUUUGAAACAUUGGAACUCUGACCUUAUCCUUUCACACAUUAAAAAUGUGGCCUUAGGUGCCCAGACAUUGAAAUUCUGAUCUUAUCCGUCCAAACAUUAGAAUUCUGACCUUAUCCUUCCAAACAUUGGAAUUCAGUCCUUUUCUUUCCACACGGUGGAAUUCUGAUCUUAUCCGUCCAAACAUUGGAAUUCUGACCUUAUCUUUUAAAACACUGGAAUUCCGACCGUUAUUUUUCCAAACAUUCGAAUUCUCACCUUAUCCUUCAAAAGAUUGGAAUUUUGGCCUUAUUUCUCCUAACAUUAGAAUUGUGAUCUCAUCCUUCCAAACACUGGAAUUCUGGUCUUGUCUGUCGAAACACUGGAAUUCUGAACUUAUCCGUCGAAACAUUAGAAUUUUGACCUUAUCCUUCCAAAUACUGGAAUUCUCGCCUUCUCCUUACAAACAGUGGAUUUCUUGUCUUAUCCCUCGAAACAUUAGAAUUCUGGCCUUACCCUUCAAAGCAUUGGAAUUCUGAUUUUAUCUUUCCAAACAUUGGAAUUCUGGCCUUAGCUGUCCAAAUAUUGUAAUUCUGAGCUUAUCUUUCCAAACAUUGGAAUUCUGGCCUUAUCCAUUCAAAGAUUGAAAUUCUGGUGCUAUCGUUGUAAACAUUAGAAUUCUGCCCUUAUCCGUCCAAAGACUGGAAUUCUGACCUUAUCUGUCCAAAGACUGGAAUUCUAACCUCAUCCUUUCAAGCACUGGACUUCUGGCUUUACCUGUGCAAACAACGGAAUUCAGACCUUAUCUUUCUGAACAUUGGGGCUUUGUCCUUAUCCUUCCAAACAUUGGAAAUCGUACCCUGUCUGUGCAAACAUUAGAAUUCUGUCCUUACCUUUCCAAACAUUGGAUUCUUAUCUCAUCCGUCAACACAUUGGAAUUUUUAUUUUAUCUUUCCAAACAUUGGAAUUUUGUCCUUAUCUGUCCAGACAUUGGAAUUCUGACCUUAUCUUUCCAAACAUUUGAAUUCUGACCUUUUCCUUCCAAACAUUUGAAUUCUGACCUUAUCCUUCCAAGCAUUGGAAUUCCGGCUUUAUUUGUCCUAACAUUUGAAUUCUGAUCUUAUCCGUCCAAACACUGGAACUCUGACCUCAUCCUUCGAAACACUGGAAUUCUCUACUUAUCUGUCUAAACAGUGGAAUUCUCAUUUUAUCUUUCUAAACAUUGGAAUUAUUGCCUUAUCUGUCCAAACAUUGGACUUGUCAUCUUAUCUUUCCAAUUAUUUAAAUUCUGAUCUUAUCCUUACAGACAUUGGAAAUCUUACCUUAUCUGUCGAAACAUUGGAAUUCUGACGCUAUCUUUCCAAACAUUGGAGUUCCUGCCUUAUUUCUCCAAACAUUUGAAUUUUGAUCUUAUCAAUCCAAACAUUGGAAUUCAGACCUUAUCUUUCCAAGUUUUUAAAUUUUCACCUUUUCUAUCCAAAGAUUAGAAAUCUGACGUUAUCCUUGCAAACAAUAGAAUUCUGGCCUUAGCUGUGAAAGAUUGCAAUUCUGGUUUUAGUUUUCCAAAGAUUAGAAUUCUGGCCUUUACUGUCGAAACAUCUGAAUUCUGACCUUAUCUUUCCAAACAUUUGAAUUCUGACCUUAUCUUUCUAUACGAUGAAAUACUUACUUUAUCCUUCGAAACACUUGAACGUUGCCUUAUCUGUCCAAACAUUAGAAUUGUGACGUUAUCCCUCCAAACAUUGGAAUUCUGACCUUAUCUUUUCAAACAUUGGAAUUCUGACCUUAUCGUUUCAAACAUUGGAAUUCUGGUCUUAUCUUUCCAAACAUUAGAAUUCUGGCCUUAUCUUUCCAAACAUUGGAAUUGUGCGCUUAUCUUUUGAAACAUUGGAAUUCGGGCCUGAUCUUUCCAAACAUUGGUAUUCUGACCUUACUUUUCGAAACAUUUUAAUUCCGAAUGUCAGGACUCCAAGCAUAUGAAUUCUGAGUGUCAUUAAGUGACGAGUGCCUUUACAUUAGAAUUCUGGCCUUAUCCCUUCAAAGAUUGGAAUUCUGACCUUAUCUUUUCAAACAUGAGAAUUCUGUCCUUAUCCCUCCAAACAUUGGAAUUCUGUCCUUAGCUUUCCAAACAUUAGAAUUCUGGCCUAUACUUCUAAACAUUGGAAUUCUGACCUUAUCCCUCCAAACAUUGGAAUUCUAACCUUAUCCUUCGAAACAUUUUUAAUUUUGACCUUAUCCUUUUAAACGUUGGAAUUCUGACCUUAUCUUUCCAAACAUUAGAAGUCUGGCCUUAUCUUUCCAAACAUUGGAAUUCUGGCCUUAUCUUUCCAAACAUUAGAAUUCUGACCGUAUCCUUUCAAAGAUUGGAUUGCUGACCUUAUCCCCCCAAACACUGGAAUUCUGACCUUAUCCUUCCAAACAUUGGAAUUUUGGCGUUAUCUUUCCAAACAUUACAAUUCUGGUCUUCCCUUUCCAAACAUUGGAAUUCUGGCCUUCUCUUUCAAAACAUUGGUAUUCUGUGCUUAUCUUCCCAAAUAUUAGAAUUCUGGCCCUAUCCCUCCAAACAUUGGAAUUCUGACCUUACUUUUCAAAACUUUUUAAUUCCGAAUGUCAGCACUCCAAGCAUAUGAAUUGCGAGUGUUUUUACUCCAAACAUGUGAAUUUCGAAUGUCAUCGCUCCAAACAUUUGAAUUCCAAAUAUCAUUAUUUCAACCAUGUGAUUUCCGAAUGGGAUUAUUCCAAACAUUGGAAUUGUGAAUUUCACCACUCCAAAAAUUUUAAUUUUGAAUGUUACCAUUCCAAAUAUUUGAAUUUCAACUGUCAUCAUUUUAAGCAUUUGAAUUUCGAAUGUCUUCAUUCCAAACAUUUGAAUUCCGAAUGUCAUUACUCCAAACAUUUGAAUUCCGAAUGUCAUCACUCAAAAGAUUUGAAUUCCCAACUUCAUCUUUCCAAAUAUUUGAAUUUCGAAUGUUAUCACUCCAAAGAUUUGAAUUCCGAAAGUCAUCAUUUCAAACAUUUGAAUUCCGGUGUCAUCCUUCCAAACAUUUGAAUUCUGAAUGUUGUCACUACAAGCGUUUAAAUUCCGAAUGUCUUCUGUCCAAGCAUUUUACUGCUGAAUGUCAUCCGUCCAAACAUUUAAAUUCCGAAUAUCAUCAUUUCACGCAUUUGAAUUGCAAAUGUCAUCUUUCCAAACAUUUGAAUUCCGAUGUCAUCACUCCAAACAUUUGAAUUCCGAAUGUCAUCACCCCAAAAAUUUGAAUUCCGAAUUUCAUCACUCCAAGCAUCUGAAUGCCGGAUGUCAUCACUCAAAAAAUUGGAAUUACGAAUGUUUUAUAGUUCUUUUCCAGGUAGGUCUAUCGUUGACACCCUCCUGUUGUCGGUGAAGAUUGAUGUCUCUUCAUUUCAUGUUUCUCUUUGGAACACCUUUGAACCCUAAACAAGGUUUCCCUUGAUCGCUCAUUCCCAAACAGAGUUAAGAGUUCUACAGCUGUUUUGAUAGUCUGUUGUUAACCAUUCUAUGCACUUACCAAGCCAUCUGAGAUUUUUCUCGCUGAGAACAUUGUCAUUGAUGUUAGUACUGUGCGGCAGAUAAUUUCCACAUUCGUGAUCUUUUUCUUCUAGGGUACGUUCAUUUUGACUGUUAGACGCCUCAUCAUGUAAGCAAGGAUCUUCUUCACUUGACUCUGAUAUAUAGUCUAUGUUUCAGAACCAUACAGGAGUGACAAGAGUGAAGAAGGGACAAUGGCUUGAUAGACCUUGCAGUUGACUUUGUUUUAGUCACGUGUUGGUUUUCCUUUUGCUGUCAUGCAGUUUUCCAAAAGCAGCACUUGCAUUUCCCACCCUGUAUCUGAGUUCACUGUCUAAGUUGGCGAUGUUGCAGAUAGUGCUUCCUAGGUAUUUGAAGUAGAACAACCGCACCAAGGCCUCUUGAUUGAUGGUUGUGUUUGUUGGCUCAGGAACUGAUGUAGGUUUUGCAUUGGUAGGUAUAAGCAUCAGUGUGAGUUUGGAUGUAGAUACCGUCCCCAACACCAUGAAAGGUUGCUUCUAGCAUUGCGGUUAUUUAGAGAGAGAACAGUGUUGCAGCAAGCACACUAUCUUGCUUGACAUCAUUGGUGACUACAAAUUCUUUGGAGAUAUGGUUUCCUUGAGCCACAUGUGCUUGUAUUUCGUAGGUAGUGCCUUCACCGGAUUGAUAAAUUUAGAAGGACAUUGUUACUUUCCGAGCACUUUCAGGCCCUCAUGAGACAGUGUAUCAAAAGCCAUCUUGUUUGGUGUCCCAUAACUUCUCAUGAUAUUCAAUGGACUUUCUCUGUUUCGAGAAUCAAAGUCCACAAAUUGUGCAUACAGACCUGCCCUCCACUCAUUUGCCUGCUCUAAGAUGUUUCCAAGUAUAAAGAUCUGUUCAGUUGUACUUCUCUUCGGUGGAAACGCAGCCUGCUCCUCUCGAACUUUCUUGUCUAUGCCUUUCUUGGUCCGCCUAAUAGCGACCUUUCCGUUGUUACAUUUGUGCAAAUCACUUUUCUUUAAUUCCUCGACAACAACUCCCUUCUUCCACACGUUUGGCCACCUCUCAUUUUUUUAAAGCCUGUUGUAAAACCAAGUCAGCGUACUUGCAGUGUCUUCAAUGUCAGCUCUCAAUUACUCCGGACACACCUCAUCUACUCCAGCCACUUUCCCUGGCUUUGUCCCUUUCAUUACAUCCUUGACCUCUUGUUAUUGCAAUCUUCCUAGAUCUAUUUCCUCAGUCUCUUCUAAUUCUACUGUCUUAUCGUCUUUCACAGGAUUUGUUGGGUCAUCUCUGUUUAAUAUUUCACUAAAGUGCUCCACCCAUCUCUGUAGUCUUUCUCGUGUUUCAGUCCUAAGCACCCCUUUUUCGGCUUUAACACCUUCUUCUUGUCUCUGCCAUUCUCCUGUUAUCGACUUGGUAAAGCUGAACAGCUCCUUGAAUAGUUCCUUCCUUUCGCAGCAGCCUUUUCCGCUGCUGCAGCCCUCUUCUCUAACCAAUUUCUCCAAUCUUCCCUAGCACUACAUUUCACUUCAUUGUUUUUCGCAUUAUACUUCCGUCUUCAUCCCUGUUUCAGUCGUUCCGAUCUUGCGCCCUCCAUUUUCCGUUUUGCCUCUUUUCUCUCCUUGAUUUUUUCCCAUGUUUUGUAAAAUUGUUUUAUAUUCAUGGCUUAGCAAGUUUGUGUAUGUUGGCUUAGCAAGUUUCUGUAUGUUGAAAAAAUCACAUCAUGCCCUGCCUCCGGAUCCUCUAUGUCUCCUAAAGCUUCAAUCCUAUUCCUCAACUCAAUGGUCUAUCCUUAACUGAUCUCUUCACUGUGCAGUUUACUUAGGUCAAACCUUUACCUUACAUUCUUUCUUCUCUCAGGCCUUGCCAACUUUACACUUAUUCUGGUUCUCACAAGGUAAUGGUCACUGUAUACGUCUGCUCCUCUCAUUACUCAUCUUUCCAUUCACUAAAAUAUAGUCAAUCUGCUUUACUCUCCUCCCAUCUGGUGACCUAUAGGUCAGCUUAAAGAUGUCUUUUUGAGGGAAGAUUGUUCCUGUUGUGAUUAACACACUUGUAGUACAAAUGUCACAUGACCUCUCCAUUGGCAUUUCCGUCAUGUAGUGUUACAAAAGUAGCACUUGCAUUUCCAGCCCUGUUUCUGAGUUCACUGUCUAGGCUAGCGUAGUUGGAGACAGUGUUUCCUAGGUAUUUGAAGUGGGUGCACUGUACAAGGGCCUCUUGAUUGAUAGUUAUGGUUGUUGGGUCAGCAGCUGGAUGUAGGUGUUGCAUUGCCUGGUUAAGUACUCAGUUUUCUUGAUGUUGAUCUUGAGGCCAAAUUUGGAGGCAGCUCUAGCGAUCCUGUCCACCAGACUCUGAAUGUCACCAACACUUUGGGCAACUAUAGCACUAUCACCUACAAACAGGAUUUCCCUCACCAGGAUCUGGGUUGUGCGUGUUUUUGCUCUGAAAACGGCGACAUUAAACAGGUCAGGAUUAGUAUGAGUUUGGAUGUAGAUACUGUUCCCAACGCUUUCAAAGGCUACUUCUAGCAUUGUUCGGUAGAGAGGGAGAGAACAGUGUCGGAGCAAGCACACUUCCUUGUUUCACAUCACUGGUGACGGCAAAUUCCUUGAAGAUGUAGUUUCCUUGAGCCACAUCUACUUGCAUUUUGUCGUGCAGUGCCUUCACCAGAUUGAUAAAUUUCGAAGGACAUUAACACUUUCCGAGCACUUUUCAUAGGCCCUCAUGAAACACUUUAUCAAAAGCCUUUGUUAAGUCGAUAAAAACGGCAUCAUUAUCAUCAUGUAUCAUCGCGCCAAUAGGCACAUAAGGCCUCCCUGCUGUCUAAGACUUUCAGUCUCGUGCUACCACUUUGGCUACUUCCCAACUCUUCCACCCUGUUUUGUUUCGCUCUUUCUGAACAGCCCUUCUCCAGGUAGUUUUUGGACUUCCUCUCGCCCUCCGACCUUAUGGUGUUCACCCUAAUGCUGUAAAGUAGUCAUUCACGGCCCCUCGUCUAAGUAUGUGACAUAGCCAGUUCCAGUUUCAUCGUCAUAAUUUACAACUUGUGGCAUUGGUCUCUGCCAACUCAACCACUCUUUUUGUUUGUUAUUCUCUGCUGCCAUCUAAUCUGCACUAUCUGUCUCGGCACUAUCGUUCUUGGUGAUCUUCCAAGAUUCUCAGCCAUUUAGCAGGACCGGUCGAACUUAAGUUUUGAACAGGUGUAUCUUGGCUCUCCUUCCUAUUCCUCUAUUUGCUCAGGCCUUCUUUAGUCCCUAUAAUGCACCAUGUGCCUCUGCUACCUCCACCCUCCUUGUCGACAAUAGCACUCAGGUCUGUAAAAGUCCUCAACGUCUUCCACUUCUUCACCAUCAACCACAAUGUUCUCCCUGCUUCUAGCACAAUCAGCCCUUAGCGUCUUGCCCUUUCUCGCAUCAAGUUUGCAUGCUACUCUGGCUGCUUCCUCCGCCAAUCUCCCAGUCUUCUCGUGCAUUCAUUGAACGUAGAUGACAGUGGUGCAAUGUCAUCUGCGAAUUCUCAAGGUCCUCCAGCACUGUUGUCAGAUUCCACCUUAUCCCUCCUAUCUGCUUUGCCUUUCUCAUGACCCAGUCCAAGACAGUAAGAAUAGGAAUCCUGACAUCACGCACCCCAUUUUAACUCCAUACUUGAUCGUGAGCCAGUAUGAUGUCACACUCCUGUCAACGACUGCACACUCAAACCCAUGCGAAUGCCUACUAUCACUCUCACCAUCUUGUCUGGUAUCCCAUUACUUCUCAUGAUAUUCCAUAGGCUUUCUAUGUGUACAUAGUCAAAGGCUUUGUCGAAGUCCAGAAAGUGCGUAUGCAGACACGCCCUCGACUCAUUUGCCUGCUCUAAGAUGUUUUUAAGUAUAAAGAUCUUUUCAGUUGUACUUCUCUUGGGUGGAAACCCAGCCUGCUCCUUUCGAAGUUUCUUGUCUAUCCCUUUCUUGAUCCACCUAACAGCGUCCUCAGGAAUAUCUUACUAAUGGCGGGUAGUGAAGUCACUCCUCUUCCGUUGUUACAUUCGUGCAAAUCACCUUUCUUGAAUACCUUGACAACAAGUCCCUUCUUGUACACUUUCGGCCACCUCUCAUUUUCCCAAAGCCUGUUGUAACAUCUAGUUAGCCUACUUGCAGUGUCUUCAAUUUUAGUUCUUAAGUACUCCGGACACACCUCAUCUACUCCAGCCACUUUCCCUGGCUUUGUCCCUUUCAUUACAUCGUUAACCUCUUGUUAUCGCGAUCUUCCUAGAUCUAUUUCCUCAAUCUCUUCUGAUUCUACUCUCUUAUCUUCUUUCACAGGAUUUGACAGGAUUUGUUGGGUCAUCUCUGUUUAAUAUUUCACUAAAGUGCUCCACCCAUCUCUGUAGUCUUUCUCGUGUUCCAGUCCUAAGCAUCCCUUUUUUGCUUUAACACCUACUUCUUCUCUCUGUCAUUCUCCUGUUAUUGACUUGGUAAAGCUGAACAGCUCCUUGAAUAGUUCCUACCUUUCGCAGCAGCCUUUUCCGCUGCUGCAGCCCUCUUCUCUAACCAAUUUCUCCAAUCUUCCCUAGCACUACGUUUCACUUCAUUGUUUUUCGCAUUAUACUUCAAUCUUCAUCCCUGUUUCAGUCGUUCCGAUCUUGUGCCCUCCAAUUUCAAUUUUGCCUCUUUCCUCUCCUUGAUCUUUUCCCAUGUUUUGUAAAAUUGUUUCAUAUUCAUGAUUUAGCAAGUUUCUGUAUGUUGACAAAAUCACGUCGUGUCCUGCCUCCAGAUCCUAUAUGUUUGCUAAAGCUUCAAUCCUAUUCCUCAACUCAAUGUUCUAUUGCUGCCUGAUCUCUUCCCUGUGCAGUUUAUUUAGGUCAAACCUUUACCUUACAUUCUUUCUUCCCUCAGGCAUUACCAACUUUAGACUUAUUCUGGUUCUCACAAGGUAAUGGUCACUGUAUACGUCUGCUCCUCUCAUUACUCUGGUCUCUAAGAUGGUUCUGAUCUUUCCAUUCACUAAAAUAUAGUCAUUGUGGUUUACUCUCCUCCCAUCUGGUGACCUGUAGAUCAGCUUAAAGAUUUUUUUUGAGGGAAGAUUGUUCCUGUUUUGAUUAAACCACUUGUACUACAAAAGUCACGUGACCUCUCCAUUGUCAUUUCCGUCGUGUAGUUUUACAAAAGUAGCACUUGUAUUUCCAGCCCUGUUUCUGAGUUCACUUUCUACGCUAGCGUUGUUGAAGAGAGACAGUGUUUCCUAGGUAUUUGAAGUGGGUGCACUGUACAAGGGCCUCUUGAUUGAUAGUUAUGGUUGUUGGGUCAGCAGCUGGAUGUAGGUGUUGCAUUGCCUGGUUAAGUACUCAGUUUUCUUGAUGUUGAUCUUGAGGCCAAAUUGGGAGGCAGCUCUAGCGAUCCUGUCCACCAGACUCUGAAUGUCACCAACACUUUGGGCAACUAUAGCACUAUCACCUGCAAACAGUAUUUCCCUCACUAGGAUCUGGGUUGUGCGUGUUUUUGCUCUGAAAAGGGCAACAUUAAACAGGUCAGGAUUAGUAUUAGUUUGGAUGUAGAUACUGUUGCCAACACCGUCAAAGGCUACUUCUAACAUUGCUGUUCGGUAGAGAGAGAACAGUGUCGGAGCAAGCACACUACCUUGUUUCACAUCAACCGGUGACUGCAAAUUCCUCGAAGAUGUAUUUUCUUGAGCCACAUGUACUUGCAUGUUGUCGUGCAGUCCCUUCACCAGAUUGAUAAAUUUCGAAGGACAUUCACACUUUCCGAGCACUUUUCAUAGGCCCUCAUGAAACACUGUAUCAAAAGACUUUGUUAAGUCAAUAAAAACGGCAUCAUUAUCAUCAUGUAUCAUCGCGCCAGUAGGCACAUAAGGGCUCCCUGCUUCUAAGACUUUCAAUCUCGUGCUACCACUUUGGCUACUUCCCAACUCUUCCACCCUGUUUUGUUUCGCUCUUUCUGAACAGCCCUUCUCCAGGUAGUUUUUGGACUUCCUCUCGCCCUCCGACCUUAUGGUGUCCACCCUAAUGCUGUAAAGUAGUCAUUUACAGCCCCUCUUCUAAAUAUGUGACAUAGCCAGUUCCAGUUUCAUCGUCAUAAUUUACAACUUGUGUCAUUGGUCUCUGCCAAUUCAACCACUCUCUUUCUUUGUUAUUCUCUGCUGCCAUCUAAUCGGCACUAUCUGUCUCAGGUAAUGGCUUCCAUUUAUCGUUCUUGGUGAUCUUCCAAGAUUCUCAGCCAUACAGCAGGACCGGUUGAACUUAAGUUUUGAACAGGUGUAUCUUGGUUUUCCUUCAUAUUCCUCUAUUUGCUCAGGCCCUCCUUAGUCCCUGGAAUGCACCAUGUGCUUCUGCUACCUCCACCCUCCUUGUCGACAAAAGCACUCAGGUCUGUAAAACUCCUCAACGUCUUCCGCGUCUUCACCAUCAACCACAAUGUUCUCCCUGCUUCUAGCACAAUCAAUCCCAAGUGUCUUGCCAUUUCUCGCAUCAAGUUUGCGUGCUACUCUUGCUGCUUCCUCUGCCAAUCUUCCAGUCUUCUCGUGCAUUCAUUGAACUUAGACGCAGUCCAAGAUAGUAAGAAUAGGAACCCUGACCUCAUGCACCCCAUUUUAACUCCAUACUUGAUCGUGAGCUGGUAUGAUGUCACACUCCUGUCCACGACUGCACACUCAAAACCCAUUUAAAUGCCUACUGUCACUCUCACCAUCUUGUCUGGUAUCCCAUUACUUCUCAUGAUAUUCCAUAGGCUUUCUAUGUGUACAUAGUCAAAGGCUUUUGUGAAGUCCAGAACGUGCGUAUACAGACCCGCCCUCGACUCAUUUGCCUGCUCUAAGAUGUUUCUAAGUAUAAAGAUCUGUUCAGUUGUAUUUCUCUUGGGUGGAAACCCAGCCUGCGCCUUUCGAAGUUUCUUGUCUAUGCCUUUCUUGAUCCACCUAACAGUGUCGUCAAGAAUAUCUUACUAAUGGCGGGUAGUGAAGUCACUCCUCUUCCGUUGUUACAUUUGUGCAACCCACCUUUCUUGAAUACCUUGACAACAAGUCCCUUCUUGUACACUUUCGGCCACCUCUCAUUUUCCCAAAGCCUGUUGUAACAUCCACUUAGCCUACUUGCAGUGUCUUCAAUGUUAGUUCUCAAUUACUCCGGACACACCUCAUCUACUCCAGCCACUUUCCAUGGCUAUGUCCUCUUCAUUACAUCCUUAACCUCUUGUUAUCGCGAUCUUCCUAGAUCUAUUUUCUCAAUCUCCUCUGAUUCUACCAUCUUAUCUUCUUUCACAGGAUUUGUUGGGUCAUCUCUGUUUAAUAUUUCACUAAAGUGCUCCACCCAUCUCUGCAAUGUUUCUUGUGUCUCAGUCCUAAGCACCCUUUGUUUGGCUUUAACACCUACUUCUUCUCUCUGCCAUUCUCCUGUUAUUGACUUGUUAUUGCUGAACAGCUCCUUGAAUAGUUCCUACCUUUCUCAGCAGUCUUUCCUCUGCUGCAGUCCUCUUCUCUAACCAAUUUCUCCUCUCUUCCCUAGCACUCCUUUUCACUUCGGUGUUUUUCGCAUUAUACUCCUCUCUCCAUCUCUGUUUCAGUCAUUUCGAUCCUGUACCCUCCAUUUUCAGUUUCACCUCCUUCCUCUCCUUGAUUUUUUCCCACGGUUUGUUUCCUAUCCAUGGCUUACUGAAUGUUGACAAAAUCAUAAUGUUGACAAAAUAAUAAUGGUCCUUCCUCUGUCUCCUAAAGCUUCAAACCUAUUCCUCAACUCAAUAUUAUAUCUCUACCUGAUCUCUUCACUUUGCAGUUACUUAUGUGAAACCCUCUCUUACGUUCUUCCUCGUGUCAGCCCUUGUUUUUCACUAGGUAAUGGUCACUGUAUACGUUUGCAUCUCUCAUUACUCUGGUGUCUAAGAUAGAUCUUUUCAUGUUUUCAUUCAUUAAACCAUGGUCAAUCUGGUUUACUUUCCUCCCAUCUGGUGACCUCCAGGUCAGGUUGUGGAUGUCACAUGACCUCUCUCCUUUGCGUUCAUAACACCAACGCCAAAUUUCUCCACAACCUCCUCACCAUCAGUAUUGUUGUUUCCUACCUCAGCAUUCAAAUCACCCAUCACCACAAUCAUAUCAUUUGUGUUGCAGCUCGAAACAGUGUCCUGCAGCUGGUUUUAGAAUUUAUCCUUUUCCUCAUCCAGCGCAUCAUUCGAUAGUGCGUAUGCUAGUACCACCGUCAGCUUUUUGUACUUUGAGUAGAAUCGUGCUGUAAUAAUUCCUUGCUAAUUGGCGUCCAUUUCAUCAAGGGUCCCUUUGCCCUCGCGCUCAUCAUGAUGGCAACUCCUCCCUGUUGCACCUCAUCAUCUCCUAUGUACGCAUCCUCUCUUUACAAUGUAGUGUUACCGAUCCCAUCCCUUUCCACCUGACCUAUCUGGCACUUCAAUCCCUUGCUCUUUUGUCUUCUUAGCUACUUGUAUUGGGCAUGUUGUCUCUGCGAUGGUCCUCACGUAUUGGCAACCGAUGAUCAUCUGUCACUUGAGGGCUACUAUGGGGCCUAUCUGCCUUUAGGUUUCCCGCUGGCUUUGUCCCAAGAGCGUCAUUGCAGCCCUAGCAGCGACAUCCCCAGGUAGUGUUAAAAACGUUUCCACUUUCUGAAAAAUUAGUGUUUUUAUGUGGUAGGGUUGUUAGCCCUACACCCAUUCCCCAACCUGGAGGACCAGGGGGUCACUAUUUGUCUUGUCUCUACCCUUCGUUUUUUUCGGCAUGGGUGGCCCUACCUGGAGUACAAGCCUUCAGCGUGUCAUUGAGACACGCAAACCUCCCCACCAUGAUAAGGUGGUGACCCCGUUCCUGUUCGGCAUGGGUGGCCCUACCUGGAGUACAAGACUUCAGCGUGUCAUUGAGACACGCAAACCUCCCCACCAUGAUAAGGUGAUGACCCCAUUCCUAGCAGGAUAACGACAACAUGCGGCGCCAUGUUCUCGUCUAUGAUAUUCCUUGUAACUGUCGCGGGCAGAAGAUCAGAUUCACAGUGCCUCUACCACUGCGAAAACUACAUUAAGUCUCAGGCAAUAUAUUAGAAGCUAUGCGUUUGUUUAAUCUGCUCAGGAGUAUGCGAGCCAAGAUCUUUCGAGCUAUUGAGAAGAGAUAAAUACCUCGAUAGUUUCUACAGUACUUGAUACUUUCCUUCUUGAAAACUGGCACGAUACUAGCAUCUUUCCAGUCUUGUGGUCUUUACUCAGUUUCCCAGAUGUGCAAAACCAGUUCGUACCAGUUUUACCCUGCCAUGUUUUCAGAGUUCUGAAGGUAUACCAACCAUUCCAGGGGCUUUACUUUUGUUUGUUGCAUUGAUGGCAUCCAACAGUUCCUUGACUUCAGGUUUUUCAUCAAGAGAUGCAAUGUGUGGUCUCAGUGCAGUGGUGUCCAAGACAGAGCGAUCAACCCUCCAGUUACGUUAAGUAGCUUGUCAAAUUAGUUUGUAAAUCUGUCGCGAAUCUCAGCUUUCUCCUCUAUUACUGUCUCACCAUCAAGGUCAGUAAGCUGUGUUGUACCCCUCUUCUAUGUCCCAUGUACUUCUGUCAGAUCAUUUUAAAACUUCUUUCAUAUCUGUUUUUUCUGUUUCCUUUGCCCCCCAUCUUUGAGACUUCAUUUCCCUGGUGUACUGCUUUAGACUCUGUCGAGUACCAGUCAGUUUUGUCCUGUUUGAUCUAGUGUUCACUUAAAGCUUUUUCACCCUUGCAGUAUUUCUUUCCUCGAACAGCUUCUUGUCAGUAUCAUUGAAGCAAUCCUGGUGUUUGCAAUUGGAUUUACCCAAGACACAGAGCAGUGUCAUAUAUAGCUGCUUCUAAUGAACUUCAGUUUUCCUCAACAAUUUCUGACUCCUGAUGUUGCAAUCCUGCCAAAGUCUUGUCCAUUUCCUUCUUGUGGUGUUCAUUGCGCUUGAAGAUAGUGUUUGUGAUGACCAAACACCGAGCAAAGAGCCAGAAGUUCGCCGUUUCAGUUUCUAUUCCCAACUCUAUGCGGGCCAAUCACAUGUGCCCAUUUGUCCACCUCCUUUCCAACCCCAGCAUUGAAGUCACCGGCAUUACCAGUAAUAGAAAUAGAACUCUGUGCAGUACUUCUCUCAGGCUGUUGUAGAAUUCCUCCUUGAUCUCUUAGAGGUUGGUCAGUGUUGGAGCAUACACACCCAGCUAUUGUGGCAAACAUUCCUCUGCAGCGAAAGUCUCAUGUUCUUUAUCCUGUCACUGACAGGUGUCGGGUCUUUCUUCAGCUGCUCAGCAAUGGAGUUCCCUGUUGGAAAACCAUCUCUAGAUUCAUUUCGCUUGUUCUCUCCCCUGCCACUCCAAAAGGAUUGUGUAGCCAGGAUCUACCAUACCGUCGUAGGAUGGCAAUUGAGUCUCACUUAGCGCUGUUAUAUCAAUGAUGUAACUCUCAAAUUCUUUUAGUACCAAUGCUGUCGGACAUUCAGGUCCUCUUUAGUCAGUUUUAUUUAGUAACCUUCUGACAUUCCAUUCUCUGAGUUUCAGAGAGAUCCCGUGUCCUCCUAGCCCACUUUUCUCAGGUCACUGGAAUGGGAUCGAGCCAGCACGAACUUUGUUAACCCAGGCGACGUUUGAGCCUGUAUGGGAGCCUGUUUUCUGUGCCAUUUAUACCUUAGAACUGCAUGUAAAAGGACUGUAGGGAAACCAGCUUUUCAAUUGACUAGGGUCACUCACUCGGCAAGGCAAAAAUUUGGUUCUGCGGGCAAGGACGGGUCAGGACAUGCCGGCAUUUAUGCCAUGCUGCAGCGGCUGGCCGGUGGAUAGGUCUGUUUAUCUCCGCCCUUGGGUGAUACCAGAGUCCACCUAACUGGGGGUGGUCCACCGUAGACCUUAAGACAGAUGUUGUAUUCUUCUCUCAGGAGACCCAGUUUAACCCACCUUAGCUAAGCCUAGUGGAGUUGUAGGUUUAGUCGCCGACGGCUUAAACCACGAUGCAGGUUGCACUAGGUUACAUGAAUCCCAAAUGUCAUCACUACAAUCAUUUGACUUCCGGAUGUCAUCACCCCAACCAAACAUUUGAAUUCCGAAUUUCAUCCGUCCAAACAUUUGAAUUCCGAAUGUCAUCCUUCCAAACAUUUGAAUUCCGAAUGUCAUCCGUCCAAACAUUUGAAUUGCGAAUAUCAUCACUACAAACACUUGAAUCGUUAAUGUCAUCACUCCAAACAUUUGAAUACUGAAUGUCAUAACGACAAUCGUUUGAAUUCGGAAUGUCAUCACUCUAAACAUUUGAAUUCCGAAUGUCAUCCUUCCAAACAUUUGAGUUCGAUUGUCACCACCACAAAAAUAUUUGAAUACUGAAUGUCAUCACUACAAACACUUGAAUUGCGAAUGUCAUCACUAGAAACGUUUGAAUUGCGAAUGUCGUCACUAAACAACAUUUGAAUACCGCGUGUCAUCACUACAAAUAUUUGAAUUCCGAAUGUCAUCACUCCAAACAUUUGAAUUCCGAAUGUCGUCAUUCUAAACAGUUUAAUUCCGAGUGUCAUCACUCCAAAAAUUCGAAUUCUGAUUGUCGUCACUCCAAACAUAUGAAUUUCGAAUAUCGUCACUCCAAAAAUUUGAAUUCCGAAUGUCGUCACCCCUUACAUUUGAAUUCCGAAUGUCGUUACUCCUAACAUUUGAAUUCCAAAUGUCGUCACUCCAAACAUCGGAAUUUCGAAUGUCGUCACUCCUAACACUUGAAUUCCGAAUGUCAUCACUCCAAACAUUGGAAUUUCGAAUGUCGUCACUCCUAACAAUUGAAUUCCGAAUGUCGUCACUCCUAACAUUUGAAUUCCGAAUGUCGUCACUCCAAACAUUUGAAUUCCGAAUGGUGUCACUCCUAACAUUUGAAUUCCGAAUGUCGUCACUCUAAACAUUGGAAUUUCGAAUGUCGUCACUCCUAACAUUUGAAUUCCGAAUGUCAUCACUCCAAACAUUUGAAUACCGAAUGGUGUCACUCCUAACAUUUGAAUUCCGAAUGUCGUCACUCGAAACAUUUGAAUUCCGAAUGUCGUCACUCGUAACAUUUGAAUUCCGAAUGUCGUCACUGCAAACAUUUGAAUACCGAAUGUCGUCACUCCAAACAUUUGAAUUCCGAAUGUCAUUACUCCAAACAUUUGAAUUCCAAUUGUCGUCACUCAAAACAUAUGAAUUUCGAAUAUCGUCACUCCAAACAUUUGAAUUCCGAAUGUCGUCACUCCUAACAUUUGAAUUCGGAAUGUCGUCACUCCUAACAUUUGAAUUCCGAAUGUCGUCACUCCUAACAUUUGAAUUCCGAAUGUCGUCACUCCUAACAAUUGAAUUCCGAAUGGUGUCACUCCUAACAUUUGAAUUCCGAAUGUCGUCACUCCAAACAUUGGAAUUCCGAAUGUCAUCACUCCAAAUAUUUGAAUACCGGAUGUCGUCACUCCAACGAUUUGAAUUCCGAAUGACGUCACUCGAAACAUUUGAAUACCGAAUGUCGUCACUGCAAACAUUUUAAUACCGAAUGUCGUCACUCAAAACAUUUAAAUUCCGAAUGUCAUCACUCUAAACAUUUAAAUUCCAAUUGUCGUCACUCCAAACAUGUGAAUUUCGAAUAUCGUCACUCCAAACAUUUGAAUUCCGAAUGUCGUCACUCCUAACAUUUGAAUUCCGAAUGUCGUCACUCCUAACAUUUGAAUUCCAAAUGUCGUCACUCCAAACAUUUGAAUUUCGAAUGUCGUCACCCCUAACAUUUGAAUACCGAAUGUCGUCACUCCAAAGAUUUGAAUUCCGAAUCUCAUCCUUCCAAACAUUUGAGUUCGAUUGUCAUCGGUCUAAACAUUUGAAUUACGAAUGUCACCACCACAAAAAUAUUUGAAUACUGAAUGUCAUCACUACAAACACUUGAAUUGCGAAUGUCAUCACUAGAAACGUUUGAAUUGCGAAUGUCGUCACUAAACAACAUUUGAAUACCGCGUGUCAUCACUACAAAUAUUUAAAUUCCGAAUGUCAUCACUCCAAACAUUUGAAUUCCGAAUGUCGUCAUUCUAAACAGUUUAAUUCUGAAUGUCAUCACUCCAAGCAUUUGAAUUCCAAUUGUCGUCACUCCAAACAUAUGAAUUUCGAAUGUCGUCACUCCUUACAUUUGAAUUCCGAAUGUCGUCACUCCUAACAUUGGAAUUUCGAAUGUCGUCACUCCUAACAUUUGAAUUCCGAAUGUCGUCACUCCAAACAUUUGAAUUCCGAAUGGUGUCACUCCUAACAUUUGAAUUCCGGAUGUCGUCACUCCAAACAUUUGAAUUCCGAAUGGUGUCACUCCUAACAUUUGAAUUCCGAAUGUCGUCACUCCAAACAUUUGAAUUCCGAAUGUCGUCACUCCUAACAUUUGAAUUCCGAAUGUCGUCACUCCAAACAUUUGAAUUCCGAAUGGUGUCACUCCUAACAUUUGAAUUCCGGAUGUCGUCACUCCAAACAUUUGAAUUCCGAAUGGUGUCACUCCUAACAUUUGAAUUCCGAAUGUCGUCACUGCAAACAUUUGAAUACCGAAUGUCGUCACUCCAAACAUGUUAAUUCCGAAUGUCAUUACUCCAAACAUUUGAAUUCCAAUUGUCACCACUCCAAACAUAUGAAUUUCGAAUAUCGUCAAUCCAAACAUUUGAAUUCCGAAUGCCGUCACUCCUAACAUUUGAAUUCCGAAUGUCGUCACUCCUAACAUUUGAAUUCCAAAUGUCGUCACUCCAAACAUUGGAAUUUCGAAUGUCGUCACUCCUAACAUUUGAAUUCCGAAUGUCAUUAGUCCAAACAUUGGUAUUUCGAAUGUCGUCACUUCUAACAUUUGCAUUCCGAAUGUCGUCACUCCUAACAUUUGAAUUUUGAAUGUCGUCACUCCAAACAUUUGAAUACCGACUGUCGUCACUCCAAACAUUUGAAUACCGACUGUCGUCACUCCAAAGAUUUGAAUUCCGAAUGUCAUCACUUCAAACAUUUGAAUUUCCAAUGUGAUUCUUCCAAACAUCUGAUUACCAAAGGUCAUCUCUCCAAACUUUUGAAAUCCGAAUGUCAUCACUCGAAAUAUUUGAAUUCCGAAUGUCAUCACUUAAAACAUUUAAACUCGGAAUGUUAUCUUUUCAAACAUUUGAAUUCCAAAUUGUCAUGACUUCGAACAUGUCAUUUCCGAUGUCAUUAGUGCCAAUAAAUUUUCUUCCUCACUGUUUUUGGUUUUACUGGAUUGCCAUCUAAUCAUGAUAUUUUUGUUUUUGUUUUUUUCUUUUUGCUUUUGGUUAUAGCUUGGAAUUCCAAAUUCAUUUGUACUAGGUUCCUACACAAGAAAAAUAGAGAAGGACACGAAAAUUAAAGGCACUAUAAAGUAUGUAUUGUUUUUCUUUUGUUUCAUGGGUACAUAAUGUAUUUCGCUUAGAUUCACCUGGUCUCCAAGAUAUCAGUCACUGAGGCUUGAGGGUGCCCUGUGUUUAAUACCCACUCCAGGUUGAUCCCUGGUUCCACUUGGUCUGUACUCCACCCAGUAAGGUCCCCUUCUGGUUCCCCUUAGUUCCUAGUGUCUAGGGGAUAUAGGCCCCGCCCCCGCAGACUGAUCAGGACCCCUGCCCAGGGUAGCUACCCCCGUACCACUAGAUCUCGUCUACCUCCAGGAGGGCUUCUUUCCUGGUCCCCUUACCCCUAGAUUUAAGUGCUUCCCUGCCACCACUAUUUUGGCCAUGAGUUUCUUGUGUGUUUCCUGUGUGGCAUAGAACCUUUAUUCGAAACCAUCCGCCGAACGAAUGAUUAUUCCGCGCGGUUAGUUACUUAAUUGCCCAAGGAUGCCUUGGAAAACGCCGUACAGGGACUAGGCAAAUUAACGAUCACUGUUAAAACGUUUAUUUGAUAGAUAGAAAAAGAGCAAGGAAAGAUGUGAUGAUCCUUUCAAUUAAUCAAGGCAGAUUUAAAUUCAUCUUCAAAGUUAUAUAGUCAAUGAUCACGUAUAUGUGUCUGAUCAGGGUUGAGUUUUCAUCACCCGGGGGUUAAUUUUGGUUGUGGUGAAUAAAACUAGCCUCAGCAAACAGGACAUUUGGCGACGCCACCACUGCUUUCUCUGUAAAAUGACGUCUGAAAAACGAGCGCAGAAAUUCCAUACUGAUGACGCGUCAAUACCCAGGUAUGGGUAGUGUCUCUGAUUGGUUGAAGCAAAUUUCCCGCGCAGCACGAACAAUCAGAAACACUACCCAUACCAGGGUACUGACGCGUCAUCAGUAUGGAAUUUCUGCGCUCGUUUAUCAGACGUCAUUUCGCGGGAAAACUAGUGUUAGGGUUGCGGAAUGUCUGCUGUUUUCCCAGGCUAGACUAUUACUUGAAAUUCAUAUACCUCUGGUGUCCUGUAAUAAAUUUUAUUUUUUCCUUUCAUUGUCUGAUCACUGCAUCUUUCCAUUCCUAAUUUCUUAGGAGUGGAACGUUUGGUUCUCUGGUUGAGUACGGAUGUGAAAAGCAAAUUUCUGAACACAGUCGACUGGCUGCCACAAUGUGCAUUGGUUUGCCCAUUGGUGUAUUGCUAAAAGUCAAGUAAGUAGACUGUCAUUGUGUUUCUAAUUUCACGAUAAGGCAUAAAUCCUAGAUAUAGUGAGCCACAUGAUACGACAUUUUCGUGCCAUGAAAAAGUGUAAAACGCGAUAAAUUGCAGAUACAAGCAAACGCUUUUACUCAUCAGGUCCCGCUUGUUCAAACAUUGGAUAGCGCUAUCCACCGGAUUAAUCACUGUCUAAUGGAUAAGUAUUAGGGAAAGCAAUUGCGUUAUCCACUCGAUAGAGAUUCAUCCGAUGGAUAUUGUUAUCCACCUUUAGAACAACCGAGGUCACGUCAAAAUAUAAAGUAAAACGUCGCGGCUAUUGAUUGAGAAAACAUGGUAUUACUUUACUUAGAAAGCCUUCGUAAAUCUGGUCACAGGUCUGUUCUGUUGGUCGCACACCCAGUUAAGUAGAACAUUGCGUUAUUUUCCCUGAAUGCUUUGAGCCGGGUGCCAACACACUCCGAUGGGAAAAAAGAAGAAUACACUACUACGACCACCACCACCACCACCACCACCUACUAAUUUAUUUCUUAUUAGGCCAAAAUUAACAUCUGAAUAUGAUCAAGUGCGCCUUACAACUACAACUACCUGUAAUAAUUACAAUAAAGUAUACUUAAGAAUACCUAAAAAUUUAUUAUCUAAAAUUUAUCAAUCUAACUAUAACAGGCAAAAGCCUUGCUAUACAACACCCAGUAAACUGACGUUUCACAGAGCUUGUACUAAUUGUUGGAUGUAAUAAAUGUUUAGAUUGACCCGUGCAAAUCAAGUAUACAGCUUCCCCAUCAACCUGUCAGAAGAGAUCCAUCCAGCGGCGCUAUUUUAUGGCACUGUGGUUCCUAUAACUGUCUUUUGGGUCGUCAAGGUUCUUGUUGUUAAUCCAUUUUUGCAGAUGGAGAAGGAAAAGUAAGUCAAUUUCCUCAUGUCUAAUUUUUCACUGACAUUUACAUGUUUAACUUGUAGACAGUCCACGUUUUCAUCAAAACCCAAGGUUUGGUUUGCAUAGCCGUAGGCAUUUAAAGUAGGAUUUUGUACACAUGCACGUAUUUACGGUAGUAAUAAGAAAUUCCUGGAAAUGAGGUUUAUUUAUCAGGAGCCAUUGUAAAUAGAUAAAUGGUUAGACGGACGGACGGACGAGCGAAAGGACAAAGGCAUAGGUGUUUGGAAAGACGGACAGACAAACAGAUGGACGGACUGAUGGCCAGAAGGACAGAUCGGAUCGACGUACGGGAUGAACAGACGGACAGAUAGACAAACGCGGACGGAGAAACGGAAACGAACGGACAAACGGAUAGAUUGACAAAAGAGUGGAAGGAAGGAGGGCAGGCGGGCGGGCGGACGGACGGACAGACAGACAGAAAGAAAAACAGACGGAUGGAAGAACGGAGGAAUGGAUGGGUUGACGGAGAAUCAAACUGACAAAUGGAGGACGGAGUAACGGACGGAUAGACUGGCAGACGGAUGAAGGGAUACACGGUUUGAGCGGACGGACGAACGGGACAAAAGAUCUCAUACUAAUUUGGGGGCACAAAAUAACAUUGAAAAUACAACAUCAAAGUGGGAAUAUUAGUAAUAAUCGCUAAAAAGAAGAAAAUUGUUGUUAAUUGUUGUAGGGAAUCAGAAGCAAAUAAAGCGAAAUAUGCCAAACAGAUGGCAGAGCAAAAGAAGGAUGCAGAGAGCAGUGUAAGGUUUUACAAUCAAACUUGUUCUAACUUUGAUAAAUGUAUAUUAUGCACUUGUUUAUGCCCCUUUAUAAAAAGCAGUUUAAUUUCACGCUGUCGUUGUAAUCCAGGCUGAGCAGCAUAAUUUUGACACCAAAAAAGCAUCUUUGCCGCAGCAUGUUAUUCCCAGUACCGAAAACAUAUAAGAAAAUUCUGUCCAACAGUUAUACGAUGUUCUUAUUAAAAAUAUCUUUCUGUAUCUAUACGCGAAAAGACAGCUAAAACAUUAGUUAAAAGAGCUGUUUAUCAUUAUUAUCUUGCGCAGUGCUUUAUCUCCACCAGGCCGACCCUCGUAAUUUUUUUAUUACUUGUACCUUUUCCUCUCUUUUACAAUCUCUCGUUUUUCUCCUUUAUCCCUCUAAAUAACUUUGUUUAUUUCCACCAUAUCUUACUUUUUUCAUCUAUUAAUGUUACUGAUUUCUUUCAAUCUGUUUCACCAUCAACAAAUAUUAAAGAAAAUAGAAUACAUAUACAAUUACAAAAUUUUUUCCACGUUUCUUCCUCGCGUGUCGCGUGUCUUCGGAAGGUGAUUUUUUGCUGCCCCGCGUGGUUUCCUCGUUCCAUCAUCUAACUGGUUGUUAUUUGAAUUUAUCUUUAGAUACGUCUUAUGCAGGAGACAUGUGAGAGAAUCGUAGAAUUCGAAUCUUCAAGACUUGGUAAUGACAGUUGGCUCUUGACGGGACUUCAAGUAGACUGCUGCAAAUUGCCUUAAACACCAAACAAAGUGCACGGAAAAAAAAUCGUUUAAAGCAAUGAUUAAUGACUUACAGCAAAGUGGAUAGGAAAAGUAAAGCACUACAAAAGAUCAAACCAAACAGGACCUUUUUCGAAGAAAAUGGGCGCGCUUCGCCUCAGACAUAGGACGUUCUAAAAUUGAAGAAUUUUAAAAUACGUUUUUUAAGAAAUCUAAUAGCUAUUUUGUUCUUAUCGUGCUUACUACCCUGAAAAGGAAACCUGAAGUCUGUUUGUUGCUUUUUAGGCUUAAUCAUAGUGAAUGCAUGGUAUGGCCACUUAGUAUCCAUAGGAGAAAGGUAAGCCCCAAAACAAACUAUUCAGAGACUGUCUUUCUGUAUCGUAUUGUAACUUAAUACUGUUACAAACUUUUUCUUUUUGUACUUCUAGUUCACAGGACUCUCGUCGAGGUCCCAGUAAAGUGAUCGAUGUUACGGUCCCUGUGCAGUGUCAAGUUAAGGAUUCACGACUCUUCCUCACUGAGUCUUCGAAGGUGCGAGAGCCGGCGCUAUAGAUAAUUGAAUUGAACUGAACUGAAAGUCGUUUGUGUAACACCUGUUUUUCGAUGUUUUGUUUUGUUUCUUUCAGAGUAAUUUAAGUGGAUUUUACGAUCCGUGUCCUGACGAGGAAAAGAUGCUGCGAAUAAGAUAUUUGUUUAGAGAAGCGGUUCACGAAGUGACAGUCGGUGAUAAUGAACCUGUUAGAAUACCAAAACAAUGUAAGAUAUCCUGCUCUAUUCGGCUAUUCGCCAUUUUCACAUAGACCAUAAGGAAUAGCGUAGUGGUCAGAGCACUUAGACUACGAGUAGUCCCCCAUUUUUCCUCAGGGAUAGUAGAGCGAGGGAAACGCGAGCGCGCGUGAAAAUCACCCCACGCGAGACAAGGCGACACCUUUCUCCCUGCCGCCCGUCGCCUUGUCUCGCGUGGGGUAAUUUUCACGCGCGCUCGCGUUCGCUCGCUGUACUAUCCCUGAGGAAAAGUGGGGGAUUACUCGUAGUCUAGAGAGCACUCGCCUCCUACCGAUGUGGCUGCAGAUCAGGAUUUUGAGUUUGUUGUUGGUUGUCUUUGUUCGGGGAAGUUCUUCUCUGGAUACUCCGGUGCUCUUCUUUGCUCAACAACCAAGAUCUACCUUGUGAACGGCUACCUCGCUUUAGCUUUCGUGUUUAAAUUUGUCAAUCACACUGAGGCUUAGAAGAAAAUAGCCCUAAUUAAGUAAGUAAUUUGCACAAGACAACAACAAACUGAAGGAUUCUUGUAGUUGCAGUAAAAAUGACAUCAUCUGCAAUUGUCCCAUUAAAAUUUGCUGUCAUGACAACGAACCGGGCUUGUUAAGGCCUUUAUUGCAGCUUUUAGUUUUAAGGUGAAAUCAGGUUAGGGCUUUAAAAGGGAGUUUCUUACUUACUGACAUAAAAUAUAAGAUAUUAGUUUGAGGUUACCGCUGACUUCUUCUUCUUUUUUUUCUCCCUUUAGCACAUAAAAUACAGUCGAGUUAGCACAGUUGAGCAUUUGAGACAUCGCCCAUAUUGGUCUCAUCAACUGAAGACACAACAGUCAAGAGCUGCUGGAAGAUUUCGUCAAAUGCCUGCUGGUUUUACCACUGAACUCUUGUAAAAUUUUGCACAGAUGGAUGGUGUUAUACCAAGAAAGGGAAUAACGUAGAGUUGCAUACUUUUUAAGGACAUUUUACAUUUCACGACCUUGACUGAUAAUUUACAAGGCUGGUUUCAGUGCCUCCAGACCAGACAGAUUAAAAAAUAUUGAAAAGACAUUGUGUGCAAGUAUUUUAUCAGUGAGACGAUGAUUUCGGGAAUUAUGACGACCUACACGUUAUGUAAGACUUUGAAUAAUGUCCUGAGCCACACCCAUAUUAUAAUCUGGUGACCGCGUCGAUUUACGUUUUUCUGUCGGGGGAUGGUUUAUGUUGGAUGGGGGAGGUUCAUGUUGGAGGGUAGAGUUCAUCUUGGAUGGGGCGGGGAGGGGGGGGGGGCUGCAAAAGAGAGUCUUGAAUCCAGUGGUUGGCAUCUCUGAGUAUGUAAAUAGCAACCACGUUUAGAGCGGAAUUAAAGAGGCAAGUUGCUUCAAGUCUGAAAGCAGGAUACGAACAGGUUGAAUUUUACAUUUGCAGCCUCUAGAACGGACAGUAAUUUUUACAAUUUGGACUUAAGUGGCAAGGAAUGAAAGAAAUCCCCCAAAAUAUGUGUUCAUUUUUAUUUAAAAUGACCCUUCCACUAUGCCUCAACCAUAAAAGUUUGUCGAUGGCCAUGAUGUAAACGGAUUGAGACUUGAAAAAAUCGGGCCAAGCUUUUCAAGUUGAACUCGUCUGUUGUCGAAAAAUGACCAAAAAAUGAUCAUACCUUGCUACCUUAUAGAGUACCAAGUUUGAGAAAAGAUGACUGAGAAUACGUGCCUAUAACUGCGGCUGAGCUUUGACCGAAAAAUGUGGAACCGUCCAUGACACAGCUGAGCCGUUUUCGUCUUAUUUUGAUGUUAUCAUUAAAUUUGGUAUUUUGCAUCCUGGGGCCUAUUUCUCAAAAGGCCUGGUAGCUUUUCGAGUGCGAAGGCCAUUUUGAAAUAAAACAUGAGCUUAGAGCUACCAAUCAUCAACUUGUAGACAAAAAGAGUUAAAACUGAAAUGCUUUUUAAGCUUUCAAAUCUGAAUUCAAAUCUCGCACUAACUCUGGGUUAUCUUAACCCAGCUUUGAACAACUCGGCCCUGAUGUACUAAGAACUCUGUGCUAAGACUAAGAUUCUUACUAAAAGUUUUUCACUCGAUUAUUCCCUCAAUUGUGCUACACCCAGUCCUAUUAUCUUUACUGAUCUGCCUCGGAUAUUAAUUUUGGGCUUUUGUGUGCACUGUUUUAAAACAUUGAUAGUGCGUCGUCAAAGUAGAACAGGCGCAGGCUGGCCUGGGCCGAGUAUCUAUGAAGUAUCUUACAUGACUGACUACAUGACGUUCAAACCUCCUCCCACGAAAUGGCGGCAGAAGGUUGAGAUUUGACUGAAUUUGUUAUAGCUCGAAUUUGAGCUUAUGGCCAUCGAUCUUCGUUCCUACGGCAGACUGCCCUUACUGGCAGCUGCGUGGUGUUUCUGGGGAACGUGUUUUUAUUCCUUUCUCGUAUAUCAAAUGUAUGGUGAAAGAGGUCGGAGAAAUCGGGUAA